GUGCGAACUACUGUUAUAUCCUUCCGUAGACGAGGCUCCACGUACAGCAAACAUUUCGCGUUUUCCUCCUCUGGCUGUGAUGCGUUCUCUCCAUUGAGUUCGCUGCCUACAAAUGCCACUCGCGGACGUCGAACCAGUUGUUCGCGCGUAGCUUCUACCAAAAACGCGAGGAGUGUCAUACUUUGACUGCUUUAUAAGCGACAUUUUUCCUCUAGUGGGUAUUUGUUACAAACCGUCCAUAUCGUCGAAGAUCCAGUAAGAAUUUCGCCGGGUUCCAAGACGUGAGGAUGAAUUCCAUACGACAGGUGCCUUCAAGGGUAAAAACCAAAAGGACCGAAACCAAUUUAGGUGCGGAGAGGGAACAUUUUGAUAAGCAGCAGGUAAAUAUUAAUACCCUAGUGAUGGUGGUGGAAUUUGCGCUGCAGAGCUGUUUGUUUUGCAUCUUUUCGAUAAAAAACAGUGUUUCAAAUAGCAUGUGAGGCCUUUAAUUUAUCGAACGUAUUUGUUAUUUGCGCACACGAAAAUAACAAAGCAUAGCUUAUGAACUGUAAUAUGCUGCUCUUAUUGAGAACGUUUUGAUGCAAAAUCCGCACCUGGCCCAUCACCUGAGUUCCUCAUUUGAUAGGCCUAUGGCACCCCGCAUGGUCGAAACAUUACUCACAGCAAAUAUGUUGAUUAUUUUAAUUUAGAGGCUAAUGGAAAGUCCUGUAUGUCAUUGAAUCAGCUGUUAGUCCCUGUGGUUGUCUGUGAUAAAUAUUUGAUUGGAAACAGGAUAAUGAAUGACAGCCUCCCUUGUUGAGAUGUAGACCUAAUUUCUUUACAUUGAUCAGCCAUGUAUAUAUUUUUGGAUAGAGAUGUCUCAGUCCAGAACUUUUAACUGUAUCAUCACCAUUACCAUCAUCCAACAAUGAAUCAUCUAUUUCCAAAUAAUUUCUUAGAAAAGGACACUCCUUCACACAGUCUGGGAGCUGUAGGUCAUGUUGAUGACAUCUUCAUCAGUGGUAGACCUUUUUUGUUGAAACAUUUUAGAAAAUAAUUUCUGUUUUUUCCUUGAUUUUCUUUUUCUGGCUUCAGUGUCAUUUACUUACUACCAGGGAGCUAAUUGGCAAUACAUUGUGUCCUUUAAAUGAGUGUAUGCCUCUCGGUGAAGUCCUGGCUCGCAAUACAAGGCCUAUCAUGUUCAACUAGAAGCUCUUGUUUGCCUACCUUGUCCUGACUUCCUUUCCCCUUGCUCUUUUUCCUAAAACCCCUUCAUUAAGGGUAUGGCCCAGAGCUAUCCUUUAUAUAGUGUAUUGAAAUAGUACGAAGUAGCUUUGAAAUCAAAUUCCUGUGGAUGGAUCACCAAAUGGCAAAUGCAGAACCAAAGUUGAAAUAACAUUGUAAUCUGCUGGACUCCUCCAUCUGAAAUGACUGGACAUCCAGCAGAAUACAAACUGUCAACACAGUGUGACCCUGGCAUGAGGCAAGAGAAAUCUCUGCCAUCUCCUUGUGUCUUUGGUACCUCAAUUGAAUAUACUGGAUCGAGUGAUGCAAAAAUACAGAGCCUAUUAUAUUCACACAAGGUCAGCCAGACAAAGUUAGGCAGUGAUGAUACUGAACUGAAUCGAUGAGAAAGAGGAAACCCAUUCCUUUGGCCGGCUAGAUGGAGAGAGAGAUUGUGUGGUCCCUUUGACUGAAUUGUUAACUGGAUGUUUAAAUCCGGCAAAGAUAAGCACAUCAUAUCAGAGGCGCAGUCACAUGCCCUUGGCACAUGCUCUGGUCAGCGCUGCCGUAGACAUGAGAACCUGACAGAUGUUACACCCAAACAGUGACUGGCAUUAUGUCUAGCAGUUAGUCAGGCUCUUUGUACUGCAGUCCUGAAGGAGACACUACACUGUUCCUGACUGAGCCCUGUUUUUCCUUCCCUAUCUAUGCUCUACUUGACCGGUCUCAGUUGACUGACCGGUCUCAGUUGACUGACCGGUCUCAGUUGACUGUCAGCCUGUGACAGUCAACUCCUGAUAUGACAGUGCAAAUGUAGAGACCGUUAUGUAACAUACUACAAUGUCCAGGUACUCAACUCAAUUCCAGUGACAGGCAGCUCCACCAUAUUGUCUUUCCAUAGAGGGUGCUGCAGAGUCACUGUGUGCUGCAGUACUUUACCAUCCAUAUAAAGCUGUCUGAAGUCUGUGCCCUUGGCUUACUGACCCCACAAUUUAUUUUCUGUAUGCUACAUUGACAGUUAACAAGUCUAGCCUAAUGUACAGCACAAUAAUGUAGCUCUAUCCCGGUCAUCAAAGGUACGUAACUGGAAAGAUAUAAUAAGGCACUGCUAUACUUGCUAUUAAUUCAAUACUGCAUUACAUGAUGGUUCUUGUCAUUGACCUGUAGAAUUCUGCUGAUUCUGGGGUCUACUGUAGGUCUAAUGUUACACCCCAUUCCUCUCUGUCUGUUUUUCUUCUUCUCUAGUUUUAUCUCUGUGUUGACCUCACUGCCAAGGUCAGAUGUCCCACACAGUGCCUGUUGUUCACACUCUCACUCUGUGUGUGUGAGAGACUGUGUAUGUUUGCAUGUGUGUGUUUGCGCUCCAUCAUUUCGGAGGCCUCAGUGCCCAGGAGAGAGGGCUGGGCUGGGGGAAGGGAGCAGGGAAGGGAGCUGCUGAGUGUAAACACAGCCUCUCUCUAGGCCUCUGAGAACAGCAAAGAAUUCAAGCAUUUUGCUUAUGGUCAUUAUAAUGUACUUUAGUGUUGGUAAUGCCUUCUAUAACUUUUGGAUUCUGUUUCUUGCUGUUUAAGUACUUACCUACCUGACUAACUGAUCUCAGAUUUGACCUGUUGCUUUUAAGUGUGAUCUUACGUGAGUACACUUGUUGUGUAUACGUGCCAGUAAAUGUCCAAUUGGAACAACUGACACACCCUACCAAGUGGUGUGGAGUGACUCCUUGUUGCCAGUGUACAAUUCCCUGGGGGUUUCCAUGGAAACCAAGCAUCUACAGGAAAAUUAGGAAACCAGGGGAACUAUAGUGGGGGUGGUUUGGUGAGGGUUAUUAUUAUUAUUAUUAUUUACAGCUGACAUCAUCCAUUUUGGGAGGCACAGCAUAGAGUGAGAGCACAAACAUCAGCCAGCAUAGUCAUAGUGCUGACACACAGGGCUGAUGUGACCGCUUUUGAGAUGAUGAUAAUGAGGUGGAGGAGGAGGAGACUGGAAUGACUGUUGUACUGUCUGAGGAUGACAGAGCAGUAGUAGACUUCUGCCUCACUUCAGUGCAAGACCGAACCCAAACCACCUCUCAAUCUCACAGGCUUGUUGUCCGGGAGAGGAAGUGUCUCUACAGCACAGAACACUUCCCUUAAUAUCCAACUAUUGUAGGAGGGUUUGAAGCAAUGGCAAGUCCUUGUGUCCACUGUCCAAGUCUUCAAUUUUGUCGCCUAGAUAUCCGUGUAGGAUGUCAGGCUAAGGAGAAGAAGCAGCAGGGGUGAGGGCAAAGUAAUUUCAUCAAAGGCAGGAAGGGCUAGUCCAGUUGGGGCUCAGGUUUCUGUCUGUAUCAACGCUGUAAGGGACUGAGCCAGCUAUUGUUGUGCUGCCUGGGAGGCAAAGCAGGAGACAAGGAGAAAUGUAACACAAUAGGGACAUUUCCAGGGGAUUACAUAAGAGCCAUGAAAGGGUUUUCUAUGAAAACAGCUAGUAUUUGAUGUUGCGGGAAUGAUAAUUGAAACUGACUUGUUGAAAUGUCACCUUUUUUUAAAUGUUGAUCAUCUUUCCAAGUGAUAACAGCGAAGGCUGUUUUUCCAAAAUCAAAGCGGUUGGAUAUAACGACUUAUCCAAACACCCCCCAAAUUCCUCUAUCCCAUUUCCUGUUUGCCUCCAAACAAUGUAGUGUUGGAUAAAGGAGAAAUGUAAUGUAUUCCUUGAUAGAUUUGAACUGCAAUGUGUUGGUCACUGAGUAGGCUUUUUGCUAUCAUCAGCACCUUACUGUUUUUCUCAACACUCCCAGUGAAUUAGUGCUAGACUAGUUAAUGCUAACAUAACCAGACGGUGCGUUCAGCCUCAUUAGCAGUGUGUUUACACUAGUUUAACAGCAUUAAUAGUGGCAGCCGUGUGGAGCUUGGGUAUGUGUCUGACCUUGACAACCAGAGCGGCAGCAACAGUCUGUUGAAUUAAGCUGAUAAAGAACUGCAAUAACUAGUCACUGCAGGGCACCUGACUGACUGCCCAGUGUGGAGUAAACUAGAGGUGUUGCUGCUGUGUCUCUGCCAGCUAUAGUCUUCCUGGCAGGAAUGUCCAAGCACAUAGACACACUGUUGAAAGGCAAGAAGGGAGAAGAUGAGAAGGUAAGAAACGAGGGAGCAGGGAUGGGAGGGAUGAAGCAGUGUGUGUGUGUGUGUGGCGAGAGUUUAGCUGGCGAUGAAUCUUCCGACGGGCCUCAGGGAUUAGGCUGGGCUCAUCACUCCCUCUAACUACCUCUCCCUCUAUUGGGGGAUUAAGACUUAUGUUUUGGGUCCAGGUGCAAUGUUGUAUCUGUCGAACAGCUAAAUGGUGUCAGACUGUCUGUCUGGCCCACUUAGAUCACAGUUAAGACCAGCUUCUCCUGUGGUCAACCAGAUGUAUGUACACCUUCCUGACCUUCUUAUGGCAUUGCUGUUGAAAGUUUUAAUGGCAGUGGUGGAAAAAGUACCCAAUUGUCAUACUUGAGUAAAAGUUAAGAUACCUUUUUAUAGAAAAUGACUCAAGUGAAAGUCACCCAGUAAAAUACUACUUGAGCAAAAGUCUAAAAGUAUUUGUUAUUAAAUGUACUUAAGUAUUGAAAGUAAAUGUAAUUGCUAAUAUAUACUUAAGUAUCAAAAGUAAAAGUAUAAUUAAUUUCACAUUCCUUAUAUUAAGCAAACCAGACGGCACAAUUUUUGUAUUUUGAAAGUUACAUAUCUUGAAAACUUGAUUGCUGACAAGGAAAACAUUUUGGGACUAUGUCAACAAUGCUCCCGAGUGGCGCAGUGGUCUAAGGCACUGCAUCUCAGUGCUUGAGGCGUCACUACAGACCCCCUGGUUCGAUUCCAGGCUGUAUCACAACCGGCCGUGAUUGGGAGUCCCAAUAGGGCGGCGCACAAUUGGCCCAGCGUCGUCCGGGUUUGGCUGGUGUAGGCCGUCAUUGUAAAUAAGAAUUUGUUCUUAACUGACAUGCCAAGUUAAAUAAAGGUAAAAUAAAAAAAUGGACUAAUGAAACAAAUACCAAAAGAUAGUUUUGGGAUGGAAUUUUCCUUUAAGUACUUUACACCACUGUUUAAUGGUGUUUGUUUCUUUGUAUGAAUGAGUGAGUAAAUUUGAGGGAGUCUGCCAGUGGGAGACAGGAUAGGUCUUUUGUUGGUUUGUGACAUUGCCAACCUUCAAUUCUAGACUUCAAGCAGUUCUGUAAAUUGCAUUGCUCACAUUUCACUGGACUAUGCACUGUAUGCAGUCUCUAAUCAGGUUAGUGUAACAAUGAUCCCCCUUCCCUCUUGCUUCCUUUCUCCCUCACACUCCCUUUCUUUUUCACUCACACUCAUGCUCUCUCUGUCCCCUUCUACUUCUCUCCCUCCCCUGUCUCGUGCUCUCUCUCUUCUCUGAGUGACAGUUAGUUUGAAUGUAUUAUGGAGCCUCCCUGCAGCCAUGCCAUCUGUUGAGGCCUCUGUGCCAGGCGCUGUGUGCCAGAAUGUGGCCCCCAUCCAACCCAAUCUUCUACCCCAGCUGACAGGCCUUCCUCCUCCCACAAACCCCUCAUUGUCAAGCACCCCUCCAACCUAGGGAUGGGCAUUUGAAAUUAUUUCAGUAUUCAAAUUAUAUCAUGCUAUUGUUUCGGAUAUCCGGAUAGUCGAAAUACAUGUUUUUUUAAAUGAAUUAAAUAUAUUUUUUUUAACUUCAGUUGAGACUUCCUCGCGUGAUGCGCUCUGCUUGUUUCAACAGGAGGAUGGGGGAGGGGCGAGAGGAGCAGGGGGCGAUGUGACAGUCUAUAUGUGGCAUGGAGGGAGAGAGAAAGUAGGCAAACCGACUCGCUGUAGUUAGACAAACUUGUUGCUGCCAUAGGUUAGCUAUCAUACCAUCUGGUAGUGCCUGUCUUGACUGCAUCAAAUAAUUGUAAAGAAGCUAGCUAGCUAAAGUAUAAAGGCUAAUUGAGGCUAUUUUGCUGCGCUUCCCCAUCCAAUGUCUAAAACAACUCCAUUCAUAUGAAACAACUUACUUGGUUGAUCAUUGUAGCCUACUCCUUCUCAUUUAGCAAAUGGCAUUGAUUAGAAAUCUCCCACUUCACCAGUGGUGUAAAGUACUUAUUUAAAAAUACUUUAAAGUACUAUUUACAUUUUAGUCAUUUUAGCAGACGCUCUUUUCCAGAGUGACUUACAGUUAGUGAGUGCAUACAUUUUUCAUACUUACUUAAGUCGUUUUUUGGGGUAUCUGGACUUUACUUUACUAUUUAUAUUUUUGACAACUUUUUUACUUUUACUCCACUACAUUCCUAAAGAAAAUAAUGUACUUUUUACUCCAUACAUUUUCUCUGACACCCAAAAGUACUUACAUUUCGAAUGCUUAGCAGGACAGGAAUAUUGUCCAAUUCUCACACACUUAUCAAGAGAAUAUCUCUACUGCCUCUGAUCUGGCGGACUCACUAAACACAAAUGUUUAGUUUGUAAAUUAUGUUAUUGUUGAAGUGUGCCCUGGCUAUUUGUAAAUAUAAAAAACAAGAAUUGUGCCAUCUGGUUUGCUUAAUAUAAGGAAUGUGAAAUUAUUUUAAUUUUUUUGUCAUUUUUAGCAGACGCUCUUAUCCAGAGUGACUUACAGUUAGUGAGUGCCUACAUUUUCAUACUUUUUUAUUUAUACUUUUACUUUUGAUACUUAAGUAUAUUUUAGGAAUUACAUUUACUUUUGUUACUUAAGUAUAUUCCAAACCAAAUACUUUUAGACUUUUACUCAAGUAGUAUUUUACUGGGUGACAUUCACUUUUACUUGAGUCAUUUUCUAUUAAGGUAUCUUUACUUUUACUCAAGUGUGACAGUUGGGUACUUUUUCCACCACUGCACUUCACUUGCUACACAUUCAACCUCUGACUGUAGCACCACUUUGAUUGACGACAAUAACAACAAGCGACGCGUGUGAAAUGUGUGUAGGCUACCGGUGCAUAUUUUUUACGGGGCGCACUCAUAAAAACUCAACACUGACCACCUUCCGGAGACACUUGAAACCCUACCUCAUUAAGGAAUACCUGGAAUAGUAUAAAGUAAUCCUCCUUCCCCCACCCCCAAUAAAAAAGUAGUUGUCCCACUGGCUAUCGUAAGUUGAAUGCACUAAUUUGUAAGUUGCUCUGGAUAAGAGCGUCUGCUAAAUUAUGUAAAUGUAAAAUAACUGUUUUAUAAAAAUGUUGAAUGUAAAGGUCAUUCCUUGUAGGCUAUGUAGCAAUGUCACAAGAUCAUUUUAUUUCAUUUCAGACAAAGCUUUAAAAAAAGGCAUAUUUUCUUCAAAGAAAAGUAUACUCCCAAGUAAUCGAAUACUAACGUCCGUUCGGAUAUUCAAAUAACCUUGCCCAUCCCUACUCUAACCCACCACUUGCUCUGGCCCCCUAAGCCAAGGUGGCUAGCACUAACCUCACAAGAAGGGGUCUUCAUUAACCAGGACACCCCUCUCUUUUUCUCUCUCCCCUCACUCUGAGUGGUCGCCUUAAGCGCACAGUAGCCCCUCUGUGCUUUGUUUAGUGACUGUACGUGUUUUGGUAGAGGGGGAGGUUGGCGGGUUGUGGUGGCUCCAGAGUUUCACUAACUAAAUGAAGUCUUUAUGCAUUUGCAGGAUUGCUGGCAAAUUUUGCCGGCCUGCCUCAGAUAUCUGAUAAAUGUGAGGAUUGUAUUCCUCCCUUCCUGUGUGUACGAUAAGCUGUAUGUGUGCAUUCUAGGAAGAAAUGUCAUGUAAAUGCCAGAGUGAGUUAAUUUCUAUGACUGUGUAUAUACAGCCAGAGGGUGAAGGAAAAAUGUGUGUUGGUCUGUAUGAGCCUGUGUUUGUGGGAUUAUUUUGCGAUUGAGUGACUGACUGUCAGUGGGGCAGAAUGUGUGUGUUUAUUUAUUUUAUUUUUAUUUCACCUGUAUUUAACCAGGUAAGGCAGUUGAGAACAAGUUCUCAUUUACAACUGCGACCUGGCCAAGAUAAAGCAAAGCAGUGCGAUAAAAACAGUGUGUGUGUGUGUGUUUAUACAGACGUACAUUUGCCCCUGCUCAGUGUAGCAUACCAUUGUCUCUUUUCUGUGGGGGUGGUGGGUUAUUGAGGGGGAAGUGGGGCGAGAGAGAGGUUGGGAUAGUACCAGAGAAUCUGUAUAAAUUAACCAUAACAGCUCAUGCAAGUUACUGCAAGUUGGAUUAGUCAGUUAUGUAAUUAAUUGAACUGAAAUGGAGCUUUUCACUUCCUCAAUCAUCAUCUUGUCCUUUUCACCUGCUGUGGUCAAAAAACAAACAAACAAAAAAAAAAAACAUUGUAAAGUGGUUAUCCCACUGGCUAUAAGGUGAAUGCACCUAUUUGUAAGUCGCUCUGGAUAAGAGCGUCUGCUAAAUGACGUAAAUGUAAAUGUAAUGUAAAUGUCUACGCAUAUAGUAUGUGUCUGCCAAUCCUGGGUCACAGGGAGAGUGGGUGGUGAUCUCAGAAUGAGGACCUAUUGGCCAAUGCUUCCAUGUUAUUGUGUUGUGAGGAAUGCUAUGGUAGACCAUUGUUUGGUGCGCUUGCUCCUAUUCUCCCUUGAGUCGAGUCUGGAGAAAUGUGACAGGAUUAUCUGAACUAGUUGGCUAGAGAAAUGUGAUUUUACCCAUAUUUCCCUCAUUUAUUAAUUACAAUUGGUAGCGCUAGUCUUCAGUGAGUCUAUAUGGGUCAGUCAAAAUAUAGCUUGUUUUCUCACUGUUCAGAACUGUUGGGAAGAUGCAAUGCAGAUCUCAUGUAAGGACAAGUUAGACUGAGGGUUACUAUAACAAGACUGGCUAAAAACACACCGGCAAUUGUAUCAGAGGUCACAAUAUGCUUGUCAUGUUUUGGAUUCAGAGCGUUCCCUUAUCCUCUAGCGUUACUAACUAUGCCUUUAUCAGUGACGGGCCAAGCCCAUGUACUGUACACAAACCGAUACAAACACAAACGCGUUGAGGAAAGUGUUGAGACCUAGCUCUGACUAUCUGCUUCUCUCCCUUCCUCCCUCCAUUCACAUGGACUUGUUCUACCUGUUGGCUUAGUUGCAGGACGGUGGCACUGUGUUCCCUGUUGCUGGUGACAUUAUGUCGCUUUCCUCAAUUGUCAUUAUCGACAGCAUAACAUGCAGAGAGGACACCCUGAUGCAUGUAGUAUUUUGGGAGCAUGUAGGUUUUAACUGUUAGGAAUGCUCAUUUUGACACGUGUUGUAAUCCCUCUAAUGCAGGGAUCCGGCAAUUAUGUUAAAAAUGUAUGCACGCAUGACUGUAAGUCGCUUUGGAUAAAAGCGUCUGCUAAAUGGCAUAUUAUUUAUUAUUAUUAUGUUUGGAAUGCUGUAAGCAUGUGUCGUAUUUACAAAACAAAUAAAAUGGACACACCCAAGUAAUUGGAACAGAAGCCUAGUGGCUUGUUCAGUCCACAUUACUCACGGUAGCCUAAUGAAGGAAAAACAGAGGAGUUAUUGAACCCUUAUUACACGAGCCUCUGCAUGUAAACAUACACAAUACUUUUUCUGAUUCCACUGUCACAAUGCAAUCUGCUGUAUUCUCCGCAUCUCCAGUACAGCUCCUCUCUGGCCUUGUAUUUCAACACACACUAUGGCUUAUCAGUAGCCUUUGUUAUGUUUUUAAAAGACUACUCCCUCCCUCUCCCUCUGUGCUGUUGAAACAAGGGUUGCCAUGUCAACUGCUACCACUCCACCUGAUAGUAUGGGUUUGUGGAGACUUGCUGAUCACAUGUCUAGUGAACACAACCGAUCACUCACUUCCUCUCUCCUGGGUCAUCUGACUGUACUGGACAUGAGUGUACUGUACACAAACAUGGGACAUAGAGAUUGGGAUUGUGGUGUGGCCCUAAAAUAAAUCCAAGUAAAGGGAUGAUCAGUAAUGUAGUCCUGUCAUAUGACCAGUAUAGCUUUUAUUUGUAUAAGGUGGUAGUUCAUUAUUCAAGUGUGUCUUGUUUUGACAUUUGAUUUUGUUCAUAGAAAUGGUGCUCUUUUAUUCAUUCCAAAUGUCACAUGUUGGAUGGUCUUGUACUCGUUGAAUCUAUCUCCCAUUAAAAUGUGUUUUUGUUUUAUGUCACUGUUGACUGGCAGUUCAGUAGCCAUAGUGACGUAUGACCUCAACCUGUGCUCUCUCUACUCUCCUCCAGCUCAGCAGCAUCAGCAAAGCCAUAAACUCCAAUGAGGCGCCUGUGAAGGAGAAACAUGCACGCAGUAUCCUUCAAUAUAACCCCGAGCUGGAAACAGCAAACCUUUUGCUAUUAUUUGCUCUAAACUUUGUACGCCUGAUAACCAACUGGGCUGUUUUGAACCACUAGUUGUUGAAUUAAUGUACUGUAGAAGGUAAUUGCUUUUUAGAGUUGACAUUUGCCAUCAUGUAGGCUAUACAGCCACCUAGUAUAUUUUACUUUUGAAGGUAUCGAUGGCAACAAUGCAUAUUUUAUUCUCCUUAGAUUUGAAAUACUGUGAUUUUAUCAUUGCACAUGAGCGAGAGAAAAUGAAAGAAUAUGUGAGGGAAGGCGAAAGGUAUUAUUUUGGCUUUGUAUUUUGCUUCUUGGCUCUUCCUUGACAGCCGAUACAGGGAUCAUUCUGGGGACCCACAGGGAGAAGGGAGCCUUUACCUUCUGGUCCUACGCCUUGGGCCUCCCCUUGUCCAGCAACUCCAUCCUCAGCUGGAAGUUCUGUCACGUGGUGCACAAAGUCCUGCGGGACGGCCACCAUAACGUAAGACCUGCUCUCCGCUCUUUACACUCUACUACCACUGCCAUUCUGUUUUAUAUAUAUAUCUUUUUACAUUAUCAAAUACAUACUAAAGAAAAAUGGAGAGAGACAAAACGAAGGUUUAAGGUGGAAAAUUUGAGACAGGCCUUAGAUGAAAAUAUUGCCUAAUUGGAAGCCUAUAGUAUAUACAAAAAAAACAUGCAAUAUUGCUUUGAGCAGAGCUCGUAAACUCACACAGAUGGUGUAUUAAUCAUGCAAUUGUUUUUAUUAGUUUGUUUUGUAUUUUACCCCCUUUUUCUCCCAAAUUUCUUUGAUCUUGUCUCAUCUCUGCAACUCCCCAACGGGCUCGGGAGAGGCGAAGGUGGAGUCAUGCGUCCUCCGAUACAUGACCCGCCUAACCGCGCUCCUUAACACCCGCCAGCUUACCCGGAAGCUUACACCAAUGUGUCGGAGAAAACACUGUUCAACUGGCGACCGGGGUCAGCCUGCAGGCACCCGGCCCAACACAAGGAGUCGCUAGAGCGCGAUGAGCCCCACCGGCCAAACCCUCCCCUAACCCGGACGACGCUGGGCCAAUUGUGCGGUGUCCUAUGGGACUCCCGGUCACGGCCGGUUGUGGCACAACCCGGGAAUAAACCCGGGUCUGUAGUAACGCCACUAGCACUGCGAUGCGGUGCCUUAGACCGCUGCGCCAUUCGAGAGGCCCAAGCGUGCAGUUUUUUAUGCGGACCUCUGGCCGUAAUCAGUCCAGUUGAAUUAGCUUAAUGGUGAAAUGUUAUAAUUUAACAUUAUUGAGUAACUGUUUCAGUACUAUUAUUGAAUUGACAUUAUCUAUCCCCUUUUUGCCCUCCAGAGCCUUCAGGACUGCAUGAGACAUCACAGUAACAUAGUUGAGACGGGGCAACUAUGGGUGAGUCUGGAGAUUGUGCUGUGUUUUUGUUGGGGGCGUGCUUGAAUAGGUUGAAGACAUGUUGGGUGAAGAAAUUGAAUGUCAGAUGACUUGAAAUGAGGAAAUAUCCUUUGCUUUAAUUAUUUAGUUUAGGCAAAAAUGCAGGAGAAGUUUUGAAAUCCUCUUUUCAAACGUCAUCUUCCCCAUCAUACAGUAAUUGUGCUUCCUGUGCAGCCAGAGUUAAUCUGUCUGCUGCAGAUUAGAGAGGAAAGGCUAGAAUGGGAGAUGAGAUUUAAAAAAAUAUUGCUGUGUUCAAAUAAAGCAAAGCUUAAUGCUUGUUGCUCACUCCUCUUGUUUCCAGGGCAACCUUCAUGACAGAUAUGGCCAGCUGGUGGCUCUGUAUGCUAAGCUCCUCUGCACAAAGAUGGAGUUCCACAUGAAGGUAAGAGCACUCUCUAUAGCCCUCAAACUCAACUCUGGACCUCAAAGCCAGUUCCACAGUUUUUUUUAAUUGUUCCCUCUAAUCAGCGACUGAUUUAGAACUGGGACACCAGGUUGGUGCAAUUAAUUAUCAGGUAGAACAGAAAACCAGCAGGCUCCGGACCUUGUAGAGUAAGAGUUGAAUACCCCUGCUCUAUAGCACGUGUCAAACACUAGGCUCGCGGGCCGGAUCCGAGCCCAUUCAAUCCAGCCCCCGGGUGGUUUGCAUAUAAAAAUAAAUAAAUAUACAUUCCGGGAAACAACAAUCUCAAUUCACAUUGAAAUUACUAAAACCAAAUCAAAACGGUGUAGAAAUGAUAAUAGACCUUUAUAGUCUCUUCACUCUGUCCAACUUGCUAAAAGUAAUCAAAAUGAAAGCUAGACAGUCAGGGAGCAUCGAUAAUUCCAAAAGCGAUGGAUAGAGUAGUGUUUUCUGCACAUUUUGACAGCGAGGAAAUAUAAUACAUUUUAAGUGCGGCCCUUCGGACCUCGUGGAAGACCGAAUACGGCCCACUGCCAAAAUGAGUUUGACACCCCUGCUCUACAGUGUUGGGGGGACUGAAUGUUUUACCAUGAGACAUUGGCUAAUCUUUCCACUGUAUGCAUUGCCACAAGUGCUUUCACAAAAUGCCACCUAAUUAAACAAUGUAUGCCAUUUGAAGUGAUUACAUAUGAGAUCAUUAGAUAUUUCUAAUGUUGUACCAUCCUUGAAAAAUUGUGUACAAGAAUUGUUGGAUAAUUUUUGCAAUCCUUUCAUCUUCUGUGCAGCAUUCUGAAAUCCGAGCCAACCUAGAGGUAACAGAUGAGGUUCUGGAGCGCGUUGCAGGAACAGACAUCAAUAAUGUGUGAGUGUGUUCUCUUCUCCUCUCCAGUCUCCACACAUCCCUGGCACUCUGACUGUGCACUCCCUCUCCUGUUAAGGAGUUAUCAGAAUAUCAUACAGGAACAUCAAACACAUGCGUAUACAUUUUAAUUGGCAUAGCUCAAGUGAAGUCAAUUAUUUAUAUAAAAUAUAAACAUAACAUGCUCUCUGAUUCAAAGGAAGCCAUCAUACAAUUUUCUUGCCAUUUUAGUAGAGAUGGAGAACUGUGGGGACUAAGGAGACAACCUGCUGCUCUUUUCUUAAGGAAGCCAUUAGCCUUGUGUUACUAAGGGGUGUAUCGACUUCACUCCUGCAGGUUCCAGCUCACUGUGGAAGUGUUUGAUUACCUGGAUACAGAGCUGAGGCUAGCCGAGACAGGUGAGAAUCCUCCGCUUCUCCCCUACCUACCUACACCUCUCAAAGGAUGGGUAACCUGAGGUACAGGGAUGUGGUCUGGUUCCAUCAACUGUUUGUGUGCCUGAAAUGGAAUAGGGACAGGAUAGUGGCCAGUUAAAUAGACUUCUGCUGUUGAGGGAGUGACUUAAUCUCCCCAAAAGUUAAGGGAAACCCAUUUAAACCCAUUUCUAAACCACUUUGGUUUGUUUAGUAUGAUUAGGGCCCUCAUGUCAUUUCACCAAAACCCUAUAAAUGGGUUAUAAAUGUUUGCAAUUAGAGGACAUUAAUCGUGUUUCUUCUGAUUGGCUGUAAUUGCAUCAUGCGCCUCCCUGCCCUGCAGGAUGUUGUCACAGCCUGUCAUCCUGAGCAAAUAUAAACAAACCCUACAACUGUAAACAACCCUGCCUGCCUCCGUGACUAACUGGGCAUCUUGUACUCAGGGAACAUGGGAGCUCCUAACCGCCUUGUGCUUUCACACAUCUACCCACCCUAGUGCUAGAUCUGCUGAUAACUGUUUUCCACGGGCGAUUCAUGAAUGUGUGAGCCAUUGUCCCAAGUGCUGUAUUUCUGAACUAGUGACAGUGAAAGGUGUUUCACCCAAGCAAGCCAGCGAUACCAAAUCCUGCCCAUUUGAGGUCGUGUUUGUUUAUUGUGGUAUUAUGUUUGUUUGUUAUGUGUUAUACUUUGGCGUGUGUUCUGUGAUCUGCAGUGAUCCGGCAGCUCAACACGUCCAUUGCCAUCUCUACGCUGACGUCAGGCCAGUGUCGACUGUCCCCCCUCAUCCAGGUCAUUCAGGACUGCAGUCACCUCUACCACUUCACCGUCAAGCUGCUCUUCAAGCUGCACGCAUGUACGUUGGCAUCUUAAUCUCAUCUGCGUGACAUAUGUUUCAACAUGUACUGUAACAUCAAUAAGAGGAAAAUAACUGGAGAUCACAAAUCCGUAUGAUUAUUGUGAUAUUAUGCAAAGUAUACUUAAUAGUAGUUCCGUAUUACUACUUGCUCUAAACUAUGCUUUGCUGACUUGAUUAGAAUGAACUUGUUUCAAAGUAUUUUUUGUGACUUUGUCUAUUGCAUGUCCUGGAUUUCAGGUCUCCCAGCAGACACCCUGCAAGGACACCGUGAUCGUUUCCAUGACCAGUUCCACAGGUAAGUCACCCAGGAGCUCGGGCUGCUAGUAAAUGAGGACGGUAGGAAAGCGAGGGAGGAAGGGAGCCUCAGUAUGCAGCACAAUCCUCCCUCUCCCUGGCCUGUUACCCUGAGCCACUGCAAAUAUUCUCGUCCCUACCACCCAGCUUCCACCCAUUGUAAUGUGUCAUCAUCAUGUCGUCACGGUCAGACACAAUCUGUGAAAGUGAGAAGGGGUUGAAUCUGAGCAGUUCAGGUAGUGUACCAGGUGAUGUGAUAAUAUUACCGACCUGCACAACGAUCAGCCCAGAAAGAUAGCAGAGAGGGAGCUUGAUGUGUUAGUGGAUACCUUGGCAUCAGUGGCGGUCGGUGCUGUUUAAGAUGAGGAGGACGAUUCUUUUUUUUCAUGAGCAUGGCCUUAUUUCUAUUACAGCAUAUUGGAUUUCUGUCAUUCAUAUUCCAUUCACCCAGUUCAAUGUAACAGCGAUAGGUUAAGGCUACUACAUGAUACUCCCUAUACCCAUCAUGAGGUUGCUAUAACCUAGUCUAUGAAAAAAGGUUUACAACGUAGGUUCACACGUCCAGAGAAAUUUGAGUUGACAGACAGUUGCCUGCGUCUAUCUGAUCUAGGGUGUAAUCAUUAGUCCAACAGUUGCAAACGAGAGUUUCUACUGGACAAAUUCAGGUAUGUUUAUCUCUGUUCCGUUUGCUUCCGUUUAAGAAAUGUUUUUCAACAGAACCGGCGGAAUGAAUACACCCCUGAUCACACGUAAACUCAGUUAACUUUCAUAGCAGCCAUGUUGUAUUCUAUCUUGCAUCUAUGCGCUCUCCUCCUCUCACCGUUUUCCUUCGCUUGUGGACUUCAAUGCACAACACAUAGGCUGUAUGUGACCAGGCGAAAAACGUUCCAUGCCGGACCAUAUCAUAACCACUACACAGCCUACAUCGUUGUCACCAUAUUAGCUAACGUCAUAGUCAACAUAGCUAAUAGAACCAAUGCGUUAGUAAACCCGCUACAAUCAUGCAGUAAUGUUAGUGUACAGUCAGUAAGCAGUUUAGCACUAACACCGGCGGGCCCCGGUGGCAAUAAAUUAGUACAACCAAAAGCUUACCUUGACUUGGAAGAGUUACAGUGUUGAGUUGGAUAGUCAUAGCCAGCUAGCUAACAUAGCACCCCUCUGUUUGAGUAGGCUAAACUAUCUAGCUGCAUUUUCUAGGUAAGUAAGUUAAACUUUGUUCUAUUGCAUUCUGUCCUAUACACAUCCCCCUCUAUACUAGGGAUGCAAUAUAUGAAACAACACAGUUUAGGAAAUGUUAUGUUCUUGUUGUAGAUUAGUGGCAUCAUUCGGAUCAGUAGUUGAAAUGUUUGCCUUACAGCCUCAAGACCUUCUUCAACAAAGCCAGAGACAUGAUGUACUUCAAGAGACUCAUCCAGAUCCCCAAGCUGCCAGAAGUAAGAGCAUAGGGGAAAGAUACUGUAUUGGGACUCUAUCACACUUCCUAGUGGAUCCAUCUGUGUUUAUAGUCCUGUCUUAUUUAUUUGUGUGUGUUUUGUUCAUCCCCAGUCCCCUCCUAACUUCCUGCAUGCGGCGUCCCUGGCCAAGCAUGCGAGGCCGGUGGUGGUCAUCCCAGACGAGGAUGAGCCCGAGCAGGUGGAUGAUGACGAUGACGACCCUGAGCCGCUGAUCAAUGUCAGUGACGUCACCAUGCCCAGCAUGACGGUGCCACAGGUACGAUUUAUAGGGCACAGGGUCAUGACCUCUGAGGGCACAGCUAUGGCCCAUUGGAUGUGUAUGUCUUCUAAAAAAAAAAGGUAGCACUAAUUUUGGCUGUAGAUUGUAUAAGCAUUAAUGCGUCUUCUGACUUCCUUUAGCAGUUCGACAUAUUUGAUCAAACCUUCGGACCUGCCAAUGGUGGUUUUGAUGACAGGUUAGUCAUUGGUCUUUCAGCAUUGGUGUGUUUCAAACGGAAGGAUAUGUAAACUGGUGAUGUUUUUUAACUGACAUAUGUCUGGGUAUUUUCUUGUGAAUUGAGUUAGUAGUGUGCCAGUGUGUAUGUAUCUUAAAGGUUAGUGGCUGUAUGUCUUCUGGUCCACAGGGAUAUCCAGAUUGAGAACCUCAAGCGGGACUUCGAGCUAUUGAGGGCAGAUCUGGAAAGGGUCAAAGGAGAGGUAAGUAGACAUAAGUUUUAACUCCUUUAAACAGAUUUUACAGUUGUUGUCGUACACAAGUUAUUGAUGAUAUGCUUGUCAUAACUAGCUAAUAAUAAAUGACUUGUACCUCUGUAAUAAUACUAUUUAAGGGUUAAUUAUGCAUGUUAACAAUGUAUAGUGUUUUCCCUAAGCGCUGGCUGUCGACUAAAUACCAGGCUACUUUUCCCACUUCAAAAAAUAACUGCUACUUUUCAUUUAAAAGUUUCUAUUCGUUAGUCAGAAAAGUCUGUUGAGCCCUCUCCCGCUAAAAUGAACGCUAUACAUCUUCUAGCGAUCUAUGGAUAGGACAGGCACCUGUCAGUCACAAAGCGAGUAAUGACCAGGAAACACUGCUGGUUUGACAGUCUGCUGUCUGUCACGCCUUCCAGUACCUACAGUUGAAGUCGGAAGUUUACAUACACUUAGGUUGGAGUCAUUAAAACUCAUUUUUCAACCACUCCACACAUUUCUUGUUAGCAAACUAUAGUUUUGGCAAGUCGGUUAGGACAUCUACUUUGCGCAUGACACAAGUAAUUUUUCCAACAAUUGUUUACAGACAGAUUAUUUCACUUAUAAUUCCCUGUAUCACAAUUCCAGUGGGUCAGAAGUUUACACACAGUAAGUUGACUGUGCCUUUAAACAGCUUGGAAAAUUCCAGAAAAUGAUGUCAUGGCUUUAGAAGCUUCUGAUAGGCUAAUUGACAUCAUUUGAGUCAAUUGGAGGUGUACCUGUGGAUGUAUUUCAAGGCCUACCUUCAAACUCAGUGCCUCUUUGCUUGACAUCAUGGGAUAAUCAAAAGAAAUCAGCCAAGACCUCCGAAAAAAAAUUGUAGACCUCCACAAGUCUGGUUCAUCCUUGGGAGCAAUUUCCAAACGCCUGAAGGUACCACGUUCAUCUGUACAAACAUUAGUACGCAAGUAUAAACACCAUGGGACCACGCAGCCGUCAUACCGCUCAGGAAGGAGAUGUGUUCUGUCUCCUAGAGAUUAACGUACUUUGGUGCGAAAUGUGCAAAUCAAUCCCAGAACAACAGCAAAGGACCUUGUGAAGAUGCUGGAGGAAACAUGUACAAAAGUAUCUAUAUCCACAGUAAAACGAGUCCUAUAUCGACAUAACCUGAAAGGCCGCUCAGCAAGGAAGAAGCUACUACUCCAAAACCGCCUUAAAAAAGACAGACUACGGUUUGCAACUGCACAUGGGGACAAAUAUUGUACUUUUUGGAGAAAUGUCCUCUGGUCUGAUGAAACAAAAAUAGAACUGUUUGGCCAUAAUGACCAUCGUUAUGUUUGGAGGAAAAAAGGGGGUGUCGAACAAUGAGUCGAAAUCCACUUCGCCUAAUUAUUGUUCAUUUAUUUAUUUUAUUUUGUGUGUUUCCUGUACCCAGCCACGAAGUCAUGGCGCAUAGGCUAUUGACUGUGCUUUGAUUGACGACCAAACAGCAAGUGUUUAGUUUAUAAAAGGUGUCGAACUGACUGAAUAAAGUCAAUCUCCCUAAUUUGCAUACUGGUAGAGUUUUUGGUGAUUAUCUGCAGAUAAAUUAUGAAAAGCCCGGGGACUCCUUGCUGGCUACUUUUUCUAUUUGGCUGGCUACUCCAUGUACUUAGGGAAAACACUGAUAACUAAGUUUUGACAGUGGUGGUCAUUGUUGAUGUGUAAAGGGGGGAGGAAUUUAGGUAAUGUGUUGGGUGGAUGCAAAGAUUAAUCGUGACAUGUGGAAUGUGGCAGCUAGUCUCAGAAUGGGAAAUGACGUCUGUCUGUGGUCAGAGAAGACAAGAAGGUGUGUCUGGGACACAGUGUGAAAUGUACUGUUGACCCCAGUUUCUGCAAAUGGCUGGCUCCUAAUGUGGCCUGUUUCUUAACUGAUGCUAAAAGUUUAAGUUUACGCCUGUGAUAUUGAAUCAAGCCAUCCUAACCCAACAUAUACAUUUUGUAAACAUAAUUUGUACCACUCAUCACUUUUGUUUCCCCUGUCUGAGGCCCUCAUCCACUAGUGCCAUGUCAUGGUGUCCUGUGGUGGUAGUGAUAAUCUACCCAGGGGAGGUUUACUAUGGUGACUGACUGACUGCCUACCUCCUCCCCCCUCCUGCAGGCCCAGCGCUACAUCACCCAGCUCAAGUCCCAGAUCAACAGUCUGGAGGCGGAGCUGGAGGAGCAGCGGGUGCAGAAACAGCGUGCCCUUGUGGAGAACGAGCAGCUGCGCAUGGAGCUGGAGGCCACGCGCCGCCGCAACGCUGAGCACGAGAGCGUGCAGGCCACCUUCGGAGAGGCCGAGAGUAAGAGAAGCCACUCACUAAGUCUGGCAUACACGUUCAGUCACAUUGUAUUGAACACACACACUAACGUCUCCCUCUUGUCUCUGACCCAGCGAGAGCCCAGGCCACAGAGCAGCGCUAUAACAAGCUGAAGGAGAAGCACACUGAGCUAGUGUCCAGCCAUGCGGAAUUGCUCAGGAAGGUACAGACUUAUGAAGAACCUCACACACCUGUUUUCAUUCUGUGGUUUUCUCCAUGUGUUUGGUUGAUUGGGUCUCUGCAUGUAUGCUCAUAUAGACUGACUCAUCUGAUAAUACUUUUUUUGUAUAGUGUGAAGAGAAUGUUUAACAAAGUAUAUGUGACAUUGUGCUGGCAGAGUGCAGACACAGUGAAGAUGCUGUCGGCCACCCAGCAGACCCAGGAGGAGGUGGAGAGGACCAAGCAGCAGCUGGCUUUUGAGGUGGAUCGCAUCAAACAGGACGCUGACAUGAAGGUUACUGUUAUUGAGUAUUGGCAAUAGUGAUCCAGUACCGUUAAUGUUAUAUUUCAGUACUGUAUUAACCAUUUGUCAAAAUGACUGAAUGUUAUUGUCUUUUUUUCUCAUUGCAGCUUGAGGAGCAGAAGUUUGAGAUGGAGAAGCUUAAAAGGGAGUUUGAGGAGAAGAAGGCAGAAGUGGAACGUGUCAAAGGCACUCUGCAGAGCAACGAGAAGGUGUGUGUGGUGAUGAUGCAGUAAAUACUGAGUAAUGUGGGUUCGCUCGCCAAUGUAAUGACACAGGUGACUCAUCUGAUUCACCCUCAUGCAAAACUCGAUGCAAAGAAAUCGCCCCACUUUCCAGACUUGCAAAUUGGUUGGGAAGGAACCUGCACUGUGUGUGAAUGUGAACAUAUGGAUGUCUCACAAAAGUUAAUGUACCAUAAUUAUGCCUUCUCCCUCUCUUCAUGUCUCUUCUCUCCCCGCUCCCCCUCUCCCUCCUCCCUCUCUCUCAGGUGGGGGAGCAGCUGACCAGAUCCAUGUCUGCGCUGCAGGCGGAGAAGGAGCGUCUGAUGCACUCUGUGAGUGAGAAGGAGGCAGCGCUGUCGUCCCUGCGCCAUGCUGCACAGCUGCAGCAGUCGUCCCUGCAGCAGGAGAGAGAGAGGAGCACCAGGGAGCUGGGAGAACUGCAGGGCAGGCUGCAGGAGAAGGUCAGUCAGGACAGCACCGCACAGAGCAGAGUUCAGUCAGCUGCUUUGUCUUGUCUAUGUCAUUUGCUGAUUGCAAAAGAGAAAAUAGACUAGUAAAAGCUAUACUGCUUGGUCAAAUCCCCUAUUACUCAGACUGUGCAUUGCAAAGUGACAGAUUUUCUUUAAUCAAUGAACUAUUCGGCUAUCUGUGCACAAUAUAAGAACCAUUAGUAUGUCUGUGCACAAUAUAAGAACCAUUAGUAUGUCUGUGUACAAUAUAAGAAAACCAUCUAUGUCUGUGCCUGUCUAUUUUUCCCUCUGACCGUAUGUCUGACUGUGUCUCGUUGCAUCUGUGUAGUCUAGCCGUGAGGAGCAGUUGCAGCAGAAGCUGCUGGAUGAGCAGUUCUCCCUGCUGCAGGGAACGGUCUCUGAGGCUGAGAGCAUCAUCCAGGAUGCUGUGGCCAAGCUGGACGACCCCCUGCACAUCCGCUGCACCAGCUCCCCAGGUUAAAAUGAGUGAAUACACACAGAGAGAUGGUGUUGUCACUUAGAAUAUAAAGUGAGAGAUGACUCAUCGAUGCAUGUGUAUAUAUCUAUAAAAAUAAUGCUUUUCAAACUUUUUUUCUUUGUCUCCCCACCACCACAGAUUACCUGGUCAGUCGGGCAGAGGCCACUUUGGGCUCCAUUGACAAAGUGACAAAGGGUCACUCAGACUACCGGACGAACAUGAGAGGUGAGUUGCUCAUAACUUGGUGCUCAGUGUUUUUCAUAUAGUUAGUAGUCUUUAAGCAACCACAGUGAUAGUGGUCAUGAGUGCUCGUUGGUGACAGCUGGGCUGUGUUACUGGCAGUGAUGCAUCCUUUCCUCUGUUUACCAGAUGCUGGUGGGCUGCUGAGGGCUCUGACCCAGUUCUCCCACCUGGCUGCUGACACCAUCAUCAACGGCAGUGCCACAGCACACAUGGCUCCCACUGACCACGCCGACCGUAAGGACGUUCUCCUUAAAUAGAAUGGAUUCCUGUUUGAAACAGAUAUCUUGUUGUAUCUUAUUGGCAUUUUACUGAAAUAUGAUAUUGAAUCCAUUUGGUAUGUGAUUACAGUGUCAGUGUGUAGCUUGUACUUUGGCACCCUGCAGGUCUGACGGAGAAUUGCAGGGGCUGUGCCACUCAAAGUCUGCAGUUCCUGAAGGAUCUCAAGUCCAAGGCCUCUCUCCAGAGGGCAGAUCCGGCCUCCAUUCGCAUUGUGGUCCAAAAGAUCCUGAGGCUGGGGGAGGUAACGGGCUACUGAGCAGUCUUCUCAAUUUCUCCCCCUGUUCUUUUACUAUUUCUUCUUAAUCUCAUCUCCUCUUCCAAUGCUUAGGAGCUGCGACCUAAAGGCAUGGAUGUGCGACAGGAUGAGCUGGGAGAUCUGGUGGACAAGGAGAUGGCAGCCACAUCAGCAGCCAUUGAGGAGGCAGUGCGCAGAAUCGAUGUGAGGAUCACAACCAUGUAGAACAUCCCACUGUAGAGGGGAAUAACAUAUCGAGCUAACACUAGAUAUAUCACACACUAUCUACACAAUAAAUCUUUAUUCGUACCCAGGUUUUAUCCACAUUUUUCAAUUGCUGUCUUUCUGUAUCUAAAGGAAAUGAUGAAUCAGGCACGAAAGGACACCUCUGGUGUCAAACUUGAGGUCAAUGAAAGGUCAGUAGUAUGUUUGACUUACGCUCUGUAUUUUAGUUGAAAUACUUGUUUAUGCAUUUUUCCCCUUUAACUCACCAUGAUAUUACUCCUUGUUUCAUAGAAUCCUCUACAGCUGCACAGACCUGAUGAAGGUAAGAUGGCUGCCUUUCGACUUGUUUUGAUUGACUUACUCGAAACGUCUGAUCAAAAUCCUAAUAAUGCUGCGUUCCCUCCUCUACCCUCCUUUCCUCUAUCCCACUCUGUCCUUCAGGCCAUCCACCUACUGGUCCUGACAUCAACCGACUUACAGAAGGAGAUUGUUGAGGGAGGGAGGGUGAGUCAUGACAUUUAGAAUUUAAUGUUGAAAACUUUGUAAAUCCAUCCUAUCAUUAGUUUGCCGACGAAAAGCGGUGGUAGGCCUGAUCACCGACAACGAUGAGACAGCCUAUAGGGAGGAGGUCAGAGACCUGGCAGUGUGGUGCCAGGACAACAACCUCUCCCUCAACUUGAUCAAGACAAAGGAUAUGAUCGUGGACUACAGGAAAAGGAGGGCAGAGCAUGCCCCCAUUCACGUUGACAGGGCUGUAGUGAAGCAGGUCGAGAGCUUCAAGUUCCUUGGUGUCCACAUCACCAACAAACUAUAUCAUGGUCCAAACACACCAAGACAAUCAUGAAGAGGGCACGACAACGCCUAUUCCCCCUCAGGAGACUGAAAAGAUUUGGCAUGGAUCCUCAGAUCCUCAAAGUUCUCCAGCUGCACCAUCAAGAGCAUCCUGACUGGUUGCAUCACCGCCUGGUAUGGCAACUGCUCGGCAUCCGACCGCAAUGCGCUACAGAGGGUAGUGCGUACGGCCCAGUACAUCACUGGGGCCAAGCUUCCUGUCAUCCAGGACCUCUAUACCAAGCGGUGUCAGAGGAAGGCCCUAAAAAUUGUCAAAGACUCCAGCCACCCUAUUCAUAGACUGUUCUCUCUGCUACUGCACGGCAAGCGGUACCGCAGCGCCAAGUCUAGGUCCAAAAGGCUCCUUAACAGCUUCUACCUCCAAGCCAUAAGUCUGCUGAACAGUUAAUCAAAUGGCUACCCGGACUAUUUGCAUUGAACCCCCCUUUUUUUACGCUGCUGCUACUCGCUGUUUAUUAUCUAUGCAUAGUCACUUUACUCUAUCUAGAUGUACAGUGCCAGUCAAAAGUUUCAUUCAAGGGUUUUUCUUUAUUUUUACUAUUUUCUACAUUGUAGAAUAAUAGUGAAGACAUCAAAACUAUGAAAUAACACAUAUGGAGUCAUGUAGUAACCAAAAAAGUGUUAAACAAAUCAAAAUAUAUUUUAGGUUCUUCAAAGUAGCCACCCUUUGCCUUGAUGACAGCUUUGCACGCUCUUGGUAUUCGCUCAACCAGCUUCAUGAGGUAGUCACCUGGAAUGCUUUUCCAACAGUCUUGAAGGAGUUCCCACAUAUGCUGAGCACUUGUUGGCUGCUUUUCCUUCACUCUGCGGUCCAACUCAUAUCAAACCAUCUCAAUUGGGUUGAGGUCGGGUGAUUGUGGAGGCCAGGUCAUCUGAUGCAGCACUCCAUCACUCUCCUUCUUGGUCAAAUAGCCCUUGCGCAGACUGGAGGUAUGUGUUUUGGGUCAUUUUCCUGUUGAAAAACAAAUGAUAGUUCCACUAAGCGCAAACCGGAUGGGAUGGCGUAUCGCUGCAGAAUACUGUGGUAGCCAUGCUGGUUAAGUGUGCCUUGAAUUCAAAAUAAAUCACUGACAGUGUCAGCAGCAAAGCACCAUCACACCUCCUCCAUGCUUCACGGUGGGAACCACACAUGCAGAGAUCAUCCAUUCACCUACUCUGCGUCUCACAAAGACUCGGCGGUUGGAAUCAAAAAUCUCCAAUUUGGACUCCUCCAGACCUAAGGACAGAUUUCCACUGGUCUAAUGUCCAUUGCUCGUGUUUCUUUGCCCAAGCAAGUCUCUUCUUAUUAUUGGUGUCCUUUAGUAGUGGUUUCUUUGCAGCAAUUCGACCAUGAAUGCCUGAUUCACACAGUCUCCUCUGAACAGUAGAUGUUGAGAUGUGUCUGUUACUUGAACUCUGUGAAGCAUUAUUUGGGCUGCAAUCUAAGGUGCAGUUAAUUGCCGAUUUCUGAGGCUGGUAACUCUAAUGAACUUAUCCUCUGCAGCAGAGGUAACUCUGGGUCUUCCUUUCCUUUGGCGGUCCUCAUGAGAGCCAGUUUCAUCAUAGCACUUGAUGGUUUUUGCAACUGCACUUGAAGAAAUUUUAAAAGUUCUUGACAUUUUCCGUAUUGACUGACCUUCAUGUCUUAAAGUAAUGAUGGACUGUCGUUUCUUUUUGCUUAUUUGAGCAGUUCUUGCCAUAAUAUGGACUUGGUCUUUUACCAAAUAGGGCUAUAUUUUGUAUACCAACCCUACCUUGUCACAACACAACUGAUUGGCUCAAACACAUAAUUUGUGGAAUUUCUUUCCUUCUUUAACUUUUAACAAGGCACACCUGUUAAUUGAAAUGCAUUCCAGUUGACUACCUCAUGAAGCUGGUUGAGAGAAUGCCAAGAGUGUGCAAAGCUGUCAAGGCAAAGGGUGGCUACUUUGAAUAAUCUCAAAUAUAACAUCUAUUUUGAUUUGUUUAACACUUUUUUGGUAACUACAUGAUUUCAUAGUUUUGAUGUCUUCACUAUUAUUCUACAAUGUAGAAAAUAGUAAAAAUAAAGAACCCCUUGAAUGACUGUGUCCAAACAUUUGACUGGUACUGUAUAUAUUACCUUGACUAACCUGUACCCCCUGUAUAUAGCCUCGUUAUUUUUUUGUUUAUUUAGUCAAUAUCUUCUGAACACUUAUUUUUCAUUAAAACUGCAUUGUUGGUUAAGGGUUUGUAAGUAUUUUUACCUGUUGUAUUCCACCAUGUGACAAAUACAAUUUUAUUUGAAAGAGGAAUGUCCUGACCACUGCUGGACUUUAUCUUCUCUCUCUAGGGUGCAGCCACUAUUAAGGAAUUCUACGCCAGGAACUCCCGUUGGACUGAGGGACUCAUCUCUGCCUCCAAAGCUGUGGGAUGGGGAGCCACACAGAUGGUGUAAGAGCAUUAUAGGGGGUUGUCUCAACUUAUCUGAGUGUGGUUAUUAGUGUGUGUGUUUGUGACACACAGAUGCCUCAUGUUAUAGGAUGGGAUGAUGGUGUGGUGUUUGUCUGGUCUGUCCCACAGUGAGUCCGCUGAUAAGGUGGUGCUGCACACUGGCAAAUAUGAGGAGCUCAUCGUCUGCUCACAUGAGAUCGCUGCUAGUACAGCACAGCUGGUCGCUUCCUCCAAGGUGAGAAACACUCACACAAGCGUUUGACCUCUCAGUGCUCCCUUUCCCCUUGCCAAUCUCUGUUUAUUCUAUUUUCCUCAUAUAUUCAAAUUGUGUCCCUAUCACUGUUUUCUUCAUUCUUCCUCUCCCCUUCUGUGUUUAGGUAAAGGCAGACCGCAACAGUACGAAACUGACAGCUCUCCAGCAGGCUUCUCGCCGUGUGAACGAGAUGGCAGCCAACGUGGUGGCCUCCACCAAGACAGGCCAGGAGCACCUGGAGGACAAGGGUUAGUGUGGUUGGGGUUGUGUGUGUCUUCACAAACAGAAGAUGUGAAUCCCCUCAGGCCUUAUGAGUCAUAUGUCUGUGUUUGAUGUGUUUCUCUUUCUUCUGCAGAUACCAUGGACUUCUCUGGAAUGUCCCUCAUCAAGUUAAAAAUGGAGGAAAUGGAGUCGCAGGUGAGUCACCAGGCCUGUGUGUCUUUUUUUAGCCUGUCUGCAUGCACGUGUUUGUUCUGUGUGAAAGUAACCUUUCUCUACUGUAUGUGUGUCUCAGGUGAAGGUGUUGGAGCUGGAGAAUCAGCUGGGUAAUGAGCGUCUCCGUCUGGGAGAGCUCAGGAAGAAGCACUAUGAUAUAGCCGGUGUUCCAGCAGCAGACCUCUCAGAGGGCAACGGCCUGGCCCCCUCAUCUGCCUCUGAGCCCUCCUCACCCAAACCCUCCAAGCCUAGCAUCAUGAGGAAACCUGCCUUGGCUCAGAAACCCAACUUACCGCCUAAAAAUAUGGUAAGGGCCAAAAUGGCUGGAUUUGCGUUCAUGUUUAGGGUAGUACCAAAGAAACUGCCACAUAAUGACACAUUUGAAAAAAGCUCAGUUAACUCUUAUGCUUCACCAAAUACUCUUAUGCUGUUUCAAAUAUGUGUAUUGUCUUUCUUAUCAUUGCAGUUCAGAUAGACUGAUGCAGGCUAGAGAAGGACAUCUCCAUGCUGGAUAGUCCGGUUGAUCUGAGACGAACAGUCAUCGUAUGAAGUGAACACAGGAUCCUUUUGAGCUGCCUCCACCAGACGAUCCUCUUUCCCAACCCCAACCUUACCAGACGAUCCUCUUUCCCAACCCCAACCUUACCAGACGAUCCUCUUUCCCAACCCCAACCUUACCAGACGAUCCUCUUUCCCAACCCCAACCUUACCAGACGAUCCUCUUUCCCAACCCCAACCUUACCAGACGAUCCUCUUUCCCAACCCCAACCUUACCAGACGAUCCUCUUUCCCAACCCCAACCUUACCAGACGAUCCUCUUUCCCAACCCCAACCUUACCAGACGAUCCUCUUUCCCAACCCCAACCUUACCAGACGAUCCUCUUUCCCAACCCCAACCUUACCAGACGAUCCUCUUUCCCAACCCCCAACCUUACCAGACGAUCCUCUUUCCCAACCCCAACCUUACCAGACGAUCCUCUUUCCCAACCCCAACCUUACCAGACGAUCCUCUUUCCCAACCCCAACCUUACCAGACGAUCCUCUUUCCCAACCCCAACCUUACCUCUGUCCCUCUUUAUUUUCUUUUGCCAAACUGGAACUUGUGCUCCUCUUCUUCAGCCUGAUUUUAUCCCUCAGUGCUUUCUGCCUCUGAAAGAGACACACUCUAUCCUUUUAUAGAUCAAACAUCAUGUGCCACCAAGGUGGUAUUCUAUGUUUUCGUGGACAUAAUGGUAUCAAAAACAGAAAGGGAAAAUUAUUUGAGGAAAUCAUGCAAAUCUUUUUUUAUUGCAACAAUGCCAUUUUGUGUCUGAACUUUUUACUUAUAGCCUACUGUUUAUUAAAAAGAAACUAUGUGAACAUCAUUUUAUUAGUAUGGACAGGAUCACAACAUAUUGAACUAGGCCAUAUCUGGGACAGCCUCAUGUUGUAAUUUUCUAUGUUGGUUGGUGUGUAGGAAUGGAAGGAGACAUUGGCACACAGAUCAUGCGGAAAAGCACACAUUUCCAAACAUUAAGUCCCUGUUCGAUGUCUCUGUAUUAGUUCCAGGUUGUCAUUACUCCUAUAACUUGACCUAUUUCUAAGUGGGACUGUGGAACUAUUUCCAUAUCACCACAUGAUCAUCAGUAAGACCAGGGGGUGAGAAUGUUCAGAGAAAGAUCACCCAACCCUGUUUAGGUUACCUCGCUUGAUUCGACCAAUUAACACCUGGUCCAGGAACAGCUCCCAUCAUUAAAGCAUGUACUAGUUUAGCUAUACACAUGGAAGUAUAAUUAUGCAUUUUUAUAUACAAUAGGAAAUUCACUCAAUAGGGAUUAGCAAUCUGCACAUCACAAAUUAAUCUUUGUAUCUCUUCUAGGUGCCCCCUAGCCACUGAAUGUCUCUCACAAUGGGUAUAUAAAACUGGCUAUGCAGUCAAAGGUCGUUGGUGAAGAUGUUGGUAUACAAAUGGAAUCUACAGUUGAAGUCUGAAGUUUACAUACACUUAGGUUGGAGUCAUUCAAACUCGUUUUUCAACCACUCCACAAAUUUCUUGUUAACAAACUAUAGUUUUGGCAAGUCGGUUAGGACAUCUACUUUGUGCAUGACACAAGUAAUUUUUCCAACAAUUGUUUACAGACAGAUUAUUUCACUUCAACUAAGUUGACUGUGCCUUUUAAACAGCUUGGAAAAUUCCAGAAAAUGAUGUCAUGGCUUUAGGUGUACCUGUGGAUGUAUUUCAAGGCCUACCUUCAAACUCAGUGCCUCUUUGCUUGACAUCAUGGGAAAAUCAAAAGAAAUCAGCCAAGACCUCAGAGAAAAAUUGUAGACCUCCACAAUCUGGUUCAUCCUUGGGAGCAAUUUCCAAACACCUGAAGGUACCACGUUCAUCUGUACAAACAAUAGUACGCAAGUAUAAACACCAUGGUACCACUUAGCCAUCAUACCGCUCAGGAAGGAGACGCGUUCUGUCUCCUAGAGAUGAAUGUACUUUAGUGCGAAAAGUGCAAAUCAAUCCCAGAACAACAGCAAAGGACCUUGUGAAGAUGCUGGAGGAAACGGGUACAAAAGUAUCUAAAUCCACAGUAAAACUAGUCCUAUAUCGACAUAACCUGAAAGGCCGCUCAGCAAGGAAGAAGCCACUGCUCCAAAACUGCCAUAAAAAAGCCAGACUACGGUUUGCAACUGCACAUGGGGACAAAGAUCGCACUUUUUGGAGAAAUGUCCUCUGGUCUGAUGAAACAAAAAUAGAACUGUUGGGCCAUAAUGACCAUCGUUAUGUUUGGAGGAAAAAUGGGAAUGCUUGCAAGCCGAAGAACACCAUCCCAACCGUGAAGCACGGGGGUGGCAGCAUCAUGCUGUGGGGGUGCUUUGCUGCAGGAGGGACUGGUGCACUUCACAAAAUAGAUGGCAUCAUGAGGAAAGACAAUUAUGUGGCUAUAUUGAAGCAACAUCUCAAGACAUCAGUCAGGAAGUUAUAGCUUGGUCGCAAAUGGGUCUUCCAAAUGGACAAUGACCCCAAGCAUACUUCCAAAGUUGUGGCAAAAUGGCUUAAGGACAACAAAGUCAAGGUAUUGGAGUGGCCAUCACAAAGCCCUGACCUCAAUCCUAUAGGACAUUUGUGGGCAGAACUGAAAAAGCGUGUGCGAGCAAGGAGGCCUACAAACCUGACUCGGUUACACCAGCUCUGUCAGGAGGAAUGGGCCAAAAUUCACCCAACUUAUUGUGGGAAGCUUGUGGAAGGCUACCUGAAACGUUUGACCCAAGUUAAACAAUUUAAAGGCAAUGCUACCAAAUACAAAUUGAGUGUAUGUAAACUUCUGACCCACUGGGAAUGUGAUGAAAUAAAUAAAAUCUGAACUAAAUCAUUCUCUACUAUUAUUCUGACAUUUAACUUUCUUAAAAUAAAGUGGUGAUCCUAACUGACCUAAGACAGGGAAUUUUUACUAGGAUUAAAUGUCAGGAAUUGUGAAAAACUGAGUUUAAAUGUAUUUGGCUAAGGUGUACGUAAACUUCUGACUUCAACUGUAUGUGCUUGACAAAUAAUGAUCACCUUGAAUUUUUAAAGAGGAAGGCUACUUUCCAAAGCUAAAAAUGGACGGGGAUCUAAUGUGUGUAUGUGACAGCACAAGGGGGCUGUACAGUAUGUGGAUCUCUUUUGCUUCUGGGAGCUUUUCUUAAUGAUUACUUUUAUGUUCUUUCACCUGUAUUAAACAUGUUUAUACAUUCAAAUCUAUUAAUAUAUUUUAGUAAAGAUUACUGUGGUUCCUCCAUGUAAUAAGUGUACGUCAAAUGAGCAAUAAAUGUUUAUGGACAUAUCUGUUUGUUCCUCUGUAUUUUGGACGGUAAAACGGUAGUUGUGUCAGCAGGUUUUUAAAACGUCAGUUUUGUUAACUGUAAAUAUUUGGCUAUUGCUAUUAUUGACCCAGGAAUAGUUUACUGGGACGAGGCAUAAAUGAGGGCAAAUUGCCCAACAUAGAGGGGCAUUAUAUAGCCUAACAAACUGACACAUCCUCCGAGGAUGUUUGAAAAUGGUAAACAGAAGAAACAAAAUAUAAAUGCAACAUUUAAAGUGUUGGUCCCAUGUUUCAUUAGCUGAAAUAAAAGAUCCCCGAAAUGUUCCAUAUGCACAAAAAGCUUAUUUAUCUCAUUGUAUGCACAAAUUUGUAGACACGCCAGCCCAGGACCUCCACAUCCAGCUUCUUCAACUGCGGGAUUGUCUGAGACCAGCCACCCGGACAUUUGAUGAAACUGGGUUUGCAAUUCAAAGAAUUUCGGCACAAACGGUCAGAAACCGUCUCAGGGAAGCUCAUCUGCGUGCUUGUCGUCCUCACCAGGGUCUUGACCUGACUGCAGUUCGGCGUCGUAACCGGCUUCAGUGGGCAAAUGCUCACCUUCGAUGGGCACUGGCACGCUGGAGAAGUGUGCUCUUCACGGAUAAAUCCCAGUUUCAUCUGUACCGGGCAGAUGGAAGACAGCGUGUAUGGCGUUGUAUGGCCGAGCAGUUUGCUGAUGUCAACGUUGUGAACCGAGUGCCCCAUGGUAGUGGUGGGGUUAUGGUAUGGGCAGGCAUAAUCUAUGGACAACGAACACAGUUGCAUUUUUACCGAAGGCAAUUUGAAUGCACAGAGAUACCGUGACGAGAUCCUGAGGCCCAUUGUUGUGCCAUUCAUCCACCGCCACACCUUCAUGUUUCAGCAUGAUAAUACACGGCCCCAUGUCGCAAGGAUCUGUACACAAUUCCUGGAAGCUGAAAAUGUCUCAGUUCUUCCAUGGCCUGCAUACUCACCAUACAUGUCACCCAUUGAGCAUGUUUGGGUUGCUCUGGAUCGACGUGUACUACAGCUUGUUCCAGUUCCCGCCAAUAUCCAGCAACUUCGCACAGCCAUUGAACAGGAGUGGGACAACAUUCCACAGGCCACAAUCAACAGCCUGAUCAACUCUAUGCAAAGGAGAUGUGUCUUACUGCAUGAGGCAAAAGGUGGUUACACCAGAUACUGACUGGUUUUCUGAUCCAUGCCCUACUUUUUUUUUUAAAGGUAUCUGUGACCAACAUAUGCAUAUCUGUAUUCCCAGUCAUAGAUGAGGGCCUAAUGCAUUUAUUUCAAUUGACUGAUUUCCUUAUAUGAACUGUAACUCUGUAAAAUCUUAGAAAUUGUUGCAUGUUGCGUUUAUAUUUUUGUUCAGUCUACAUUCACGUUCAUGUUAACAUUGGGCAAGAAUGAUUAAUUCAUAGAGGAUAGAAAGAAGCCAAACUUGAUGACCUGAAAGUGCCAGUCACAAGUACACUUCAGCAGCAGAACCAAGAAUACCUUGACAUGCGCAGUAGGCUACACGGACACAGUUCAUACCUCGUGAUAGGUAUUGGAUUGCACUGUCUGGGGAAUCUGGAAGUUGAUAAUUAUUUUAGAAAUAGGCCUACAUUAUAAUAGUAAAAUGUUUAGGGGUUUUAGCAGUAGGCUAUAGGAAAGAAUAGCAAUAAGAAGUAGGCCUAGAUUGUACUACAAACGUUACAGAAUAAUAACUGUCAGAUAACUGUCCUUGUUGAUUUCGGGGAGGGGAGAAACAGCCAUGGAAGACUUCGGAAUACCCCUGGACAAAAACGCGACGGAGUUGACCGUUAUGGACGUCUAUGACAUUGCCGCGGUUGUGGGCCAGGAGUUUGAACGCAUUAUCGAUCAGUUUGGAUGCGAAGUUUUACUGCGGCUGAUGCCCAAAGUGGUCCGGGUUCUGGAAGUUCUGGAGGUGCUGGUCACCCGAAACAGUAUCAACCCAGAGAUAGAGGAGCUACGGCGCGAGCUGGACAGGUUGCGAAUGGAACGGAAUGACAGAUUGGAGAAAGAGAAGAUACAUCAAAAGGUGUGUUUACGAAAGAUUCAGCUGACGUGUGCAACACGAAGAGUAGCCUGCUACUCCAUGUAUUGGCUUUUCAUGACAUUCCUCUGCUCUAUGACACGUGGUGUCACAUUGCACAAGAGCAUGUUGACAAUAGUUUCGUAAGUAAUGUCGUACACAUGCUGGAUCCACAGUGCACCAAAUACCUUGGUUUCAGACUCUUAAUUAUCCUUACAACUCUGAAGACUAGCCAUUUACAUGCCAGUCGGAAGAAUGUAGGUGUUUUAUCUCUGAACACUCAAAAGCUUGUUUCUCCACCCGACAGUUGGAUAAGGGGAACCAUAGGUUGUUAACAACACUCGGUGGAGACUAGAGAUCCUGCCAUUAAAUUAACCUGACACUCGCACCUCACCAUUUUUACAGCUCUCCCACUCGUCAGGCUCCAUACAUAAAGUUUACAACAUAAGACAUUAGUAAAAACAUACAUAUAUAUAUAUAUAUAUAUAACCCACUGCCCAAAAAUAAGUCAUGUAAAAACCUAAUACAUUGCAAGCACUAACAGUGCAAUACAUAUUUAUAAAUAAAAAUACACAAAGACAUUUAUCACCAAAAACUAUAUAAAGGGAAGUAAAAAGAAGGGGGUAAUGUUCUGUGUGUAUAUGUAACGGUGGGUGAGUGAGUGGGAGUCUGUGCAAAAACGUUUGAGAAGCAGGUGUGAAGAGUUCGUGAAAAGUCGUAAACGACAGGUGUAGACUAACAGUUAAAUGCUUACUUACUGGUCCUUUACCAAAAAUGCGGAGUUCAGGAUAAUUUUUGUUGUUGAAAUAGUGACACAAUGAAUAAAUACACAGUGAUAAUGAAUAACAAUAACGAGUAAAAAUAACAUGGGCUAUAUAUAUAUAGGGAGUACCAGUACCAAAUCGAUGUGCAGGGGUACGAGGUAAUUGAGGUAGCUAGUAUGUACAUGUAGUAGGGGUAAAGUGACUAGGCAACAGGUUUGAUUAACAGUAGCAUAUGUGGUAACUGAAAGCGUGUGUGGUUGAGUGGCGUCAGUAUGCAUGUGUGUGCGUGUUGUGUGUUGGGGUGUCUGUAAGUAUGUGUGAGUGUGGGUAGAGUCCAGUGUUUGUGCAUGGCGUCAGAACAAGAGAGUUAGUGCAAAAAAGGGUCAAUGCAGGUAGUCCGGGUAGCCAUUUGAUUAGCUAUUUAGCAGUCUUGUUUAGUAGUCUUAAGGCUUGGGGCUAGAAGCUGUUCAGGGUCCUGUUGGUUCCAGACUUGGUGCACUGGUACCACUUUGUGUGCAGUAGUAGAGAGAACAGUCUAUGGCUUGGGUGGCUGGAGUCAGAAUUUGUUUUGGGUCUUCCUCUGACACCGCCUGGUAUAGGGGUCCUGGAUGGCAGGGAGUGCGGCCCCAGUGAUGUACUGGGCCGUACUAACCACCCACUGUAGUGCCUUGCGGUCGGGUGCUCUGCAGUUGCCGAACAAAGUGGUGAUGCAGCCUGUCAAGAUGCUCUCAAUGGUGCAGCUGUAGAACUGAGGAUCUGAGGGCCCAUGCCAAAUCUUUUCAGCCUCCUGAGGGGGAAGAGGUGCUGUCGUGUCCUCUUCACAACUGUGUGGGUGUGUGGACCAUGUUAAUUCCUUAGUGAUGUUGACACCGUGGAACUUUGCAGGUGAUUGUGGUCUAUUGUACAAUCAGAUGUUUUGGGUAGGGCUGCAGUGGACGUGGACGGUUGCUCCGGUUUUCAUUCUGACGGAGCCUUUUCUCCCAAUAAGCACGCUUGGUCCUUCUCCAGUCUGCUGAUACAAUCAGGUCCUCAAACUCAGGGGAGUGCCAUGGUGGGGAAGUUAUAAAAAAUCUGGGUCUGUCUCCACAUCAGACAUCAUUUCUUCAGUUGCCCCUGCAAAUCGCUGCUUCUCUUCAGCAGAGAGUUAUUUUGACCGACUGGCCAGAGCCUGUGAAAUUACAGGAGACAAUAAGUUAUUCUGCCCAAUAAACAAACAGUCUUGAACCCUGGAAUCUCAACAACAAAAAAAGCUAAAGAAGCACUCACUAAAAGCUGUGGAACCAGUCUCAACUUGCAGCUGCAUCUGAGGAGUUAGUGUGGUGUAUUAGCAAUGGUUAUAUGCAUCAAAAUCCUUGAGAAAAUUGUUAGAUGUAGAAUUAUACAGUCAGUCCAUGUCUUUAUGAGACUACUCGCCUUCAAAAUCUGCCAUGCUCCACUCUCCAUCUGUGCACCUUAAUCUCAGCUGACUGACCAGCAGACCCAGUACACAGGCAUUGUGCAGACUUCCUGAGACACGACAAAGAAAAAACAUCAAAUUAAGUUGAUGCAUGAUAUUCUCACCUCUAUUUCAUGUAAAAUAUUUGAGAAUGUUAAGAUAACUUCCAUACAACUUAUGGAUAGCUUAUUCCAUCUUGCUCGACGAACGCUCGUUCCAGUGCAGGCGCUGGAGAAGUACUCUGUUGUAGCUGCUGCUGUUGGAAUUGUUGAGCUACUUGUGUCAUCAGCCUUUCGUUCAUAUCAGCCACCGUGUUGUAGUCCGGCAUCUGAUUCAGCCUGCCCAUGAGUUGUUGGAAAUCCAUGCUCUCGUUUGGUGAUGCAUCGUUUACUUGCACGAAGAGGCUCCUGGUGGUCCCACGAACUAAUUGGAUCAAUGAAAAAAAAAAAAGAAUUCAAUAGCCGCUUCUCUCUUUUUCUGUAUUUUACUAGGCAUGUAAGAAUAGCUAGCUACCAAGCUAGCCGUUCUUCCAGCUAACGUUGGGUAGCUAACAUUAGCCAAUGUGCUUUGGUAGGUAGCUAGAUAACGUUAGCUAGCUAACUUUGCUUGCCAGCUAACAUUAGCUUGUUUUAGUCAAAACAGCAACGUUCAAUUUCUUACUCCUACAACUAGAAUCCAUGUAACAUGAUCAUGUUAGCUACAACGUUUGUUAUCUAGCUAGGAAGGUUGUGGCCGUUGGUUGUAGAGUAUUGCAGACUCAGAGUACCGUUAUAAACGUGAUCCGUAAUGAUCUACCAUGGCUUGGUGCUACAAAUAGAAAUUCUGGGAGUUGUUCAUUGUUAGCUAAAAUAAUAUAUUUGUUUUAGGACCGCCAAUAGAAAACACACACAAAUUAAUUGUUGUGCCUUUUAAAGGGAAGUGGUAUGGCAGAGUUUUCAAAUCGCGUUCAUUUGAUUUGUCAUUUUCAACCGUCACGCCCUCACUUCACUUUGAUUGGAUUAUUUACCUUUCAAUCACUACGCCCUCCCUUCUAUUCCCAUGCAUUUGAUUGGCUGAUGAGUUUGUGCCAGUGUUUCAUGAAACUACACUUCCUGUCCCAUCAAAACAGAAACUCUGUGAUAUAAGUGUGUCGCUCCAGCAGAGACAGAAGAGGAAGCGAGACAACUCUCUGGCUAAUUUUUGCGGGUUUAUUUACAAGUAGACCAGACCCAGCUGCUAUCGCAUUGGCGUCUAUAGGAGAGCCACCCCUUAAGUAGACCAGAACUGUAACAAUUUUUUAAAUGGUAAACGGCUUGAGUAAGACAUCUUCAUUUAUCCACCAUCUUUGUCAACCAGUCUUUUUACCUUUAAUCAAUGACACCUUUGUGUUUUAUGUGCAAUUAUGCAGAAUGAAAAAGUUAAAGAUGCUACACCUGUGUGUGUAUGUGUGGGUGCGGUUGAUGCUUUCCCCAGGAGUUGGAGCUGGUGGAGGAUGUGUGGAGAGGGGAGGCCCAAGACCUGCUGUCUCAGAUCACACAACUGCAGGUGGAGAAUAAGAGCAUUCUGAAGAGCCUGGCCCUAAAAGACUCACCUGUGACUGAGGAGCUGCAGAGACAGGAGGGUAUGUGCAGCACAGAGUCAGUAUGGCAUUUAGCUGCAACGUGGUCUCAGAGCAUUUCAUAUUAUUCUUUAAGUAAAUCCGAGACUCCAUUUACAUUUACAUUUUAGUCAUUUAGCAGACACUCUUAUCCAGAGCGACUUACAGUUAGUGAGUGCAUACAUUUUCAUUUAGUAUGAAAUGUCACGUUUCUAAUGGUAUGUAUUAAUUUGUCGAUCAUCCAUUUCAUUUGAUAUGUUACAACUUACAAUUGGUAUUAUAUGUUACGAAUUGCAAUUUGUACAAUAUGUUACGAAUUGCAAUUCCUACAAUAUGUUACGAAUUUGAGACACGUACAAUAUGUUACGAAUUUGAAAAACGUAUGAUAUGUUACGAAUUCCAAUUUGUUGUGGCUAACGUUAGCUUGGGGUGGCUAACUUUAGCUAGGCUAGGGGUUAGGGGUUAAGCUUAGGAGUUAGGCUAAAGGGUUAAGGUUAGGGUUAGCGGAAGGGUUAGCUAAAAUGGUUAAGGUUAGGGUUAGGGUUAGGGGAAGGGUUAGCUAACAUGUUAAGUAGUUGCAGAGUAGCUCAAAAGUAGUAAAUAGUUGCAAAGUUGCUAAUUAGCUAGAAUGCUAAAGUUGUCCGUGAUGGAAUCGAACACGCAACCUUUGGUUUUUACCUUAAGUUACCUUCUAUCUUAUGUAACCAUAGCAACAUAACAUAUCAUACUAGUUUGAGUGUCCUGGAUUUACAUUUACUAUGUUACGUCUAGUCAAUGAGACCAGUCUGAGUUAGCACCUUGUCAAAAACAGCACAAGUUAUAACACAGGCCUACAUGCAUAACAUGCAUAUGUAACAGUUAAAGGGAUACUCUGGGAUUUUGGCAAUGAGGCCCUUUACCUACUUCCCCAGAGUCAGAUUAAUUAUUGGAUACCAUUUUUGUGUCUCUGUCCAGUAUGAAGGAAAUUAGAGGUAGUUUCUUGAGCCAAUGAAGAAUUCCAGUCAUUGCGCUAACACUAGUUAGCAAUUGCGCUAGCGCUAGUUAGCAAAUUCCUUCAAACUGCACGGAGAGACAUAAAAAUGGAAUCCACAAGUAGAUAAAGGGCCUCAUUGUCAAAAUCCCAAAGUAUUCCUUUAAGAACGUACCUUAAGCUCACUCCACAGCUAGCUUGAAAUGUCGCCAAUGGAGCUAUCCAAUUGGAUACUUUUUUAUAGCUCAGUCAGUUGGUACGUUGUCAAGGAGGGCGGUCACGUGUUCUAGCAAGGCAGAGGUCCUGGCUUAGAGCCUUGUGUGAGCCAAAUCAGGAGGAAGCAGCCUAAUCGCCAAGCAAGCAGCAUGACGUCUGUUACACAUAAGUUCCAUUUAAAUUACCAUUAAACUUAAAUGAAAUGCAAAGUCUCAAAUAGCCGGCACACAUUUUCGCAAACCCAUACGGAAAAGUAAUAGAUUUAUACAGUGUGUACUUAUAUGUAUAUAUAUGUGUGGAUACAUAAACUCAGCAAAAAAAGAAAUGUCCUUUCACUGUCAACUGUGUUUAUUUUCAGCAAACUUAACAUGUGUAAAUAUUUGUAUGAACAUAACAAGAUUCAACAACUGAGACAUAAACUGAACAAGUUCCACAGACAUGUGACUAACAGAAAUGGAAUAAUGUGUCCCUGAACAAAGGGGGGGGGGGGGGGGGUCAAAAUCAAAGGUAACAGCUGCAUUAAGUACUGCAGUGCAUCUCCUCCUCAUGGACUACACCAGAUUUGACAGUUCUUCCUGUGAGAUAUUACCCCACUCUUCCACCAAGGCACCUGCAAGUUCCCAGACAGUUCUGGGGGGAAUGGCCCUAGCCCUCACCCUCCGAUCCAACAGGUCCCAGAUGUGCUCAAUGGGAUUGAGAUCCGGACUCUUCGCUGGCCAUGGCAGAACACUGACAUUCCUGUCUUGCAGGAAAUCACGCACAGAACGAGCAGUAUGGCUGGUGGCAUUGUCAGGCUGGAGGGUCAUGUCAGGAUGAGCCUGCAGGAAGGGUACCACAUGAGGGAGGAGGAUGUCUUCCCUGUAACGCACAGCGUUGAGAUUGCCUGCAAUGACAACAAGCUCAGUCCGAUGAUGCUGUGACACACCGCCCCAGACCAUGACGGACCCUCCACCUCCAAAUCAAUCCCGCUCCAGAGUACAGGCCUCGGUGCAACUCAUUCCUUCGACGAUAAACGCAAAUCUGACCAUCACCCCUGGUGAGACAAAACCGCGACACAUCAGUGAAUAGCACUUUUUGCCAGUCCUGUCUGGUCCAGCGACGGUGGGUUUGUGUCCAUAGGCGACGUUGUUGCCGGUGAUGUCUGGUGAGGACCUGCCUUACAACAGGCCUACAAGCCCUCAGUCCAGCCUCUCUCAGCCUAUUGCGGACAGUCUGAGCACUGAUGGAGGGAUUGUGCGUUCCUGGUGUAACUCGGGCAGUUGUUGUUGCCAUCCUGUACCUGUCCCGCAGGUGUGAUGUUUGGAUGUACCGACCCCCCCCCCCCCCCCCCAGACGCGCGGCUCCAGCCACUGGACAUCGCCGGCCAGGAGGACGACCCCAGCCGGAACCCAGCUCCUCUCAGGACCAUACCCCUCCCAGUCCACCAGGUAAUGGAGCCGUCCAGCAAGUCCCUCACUGCAUACGCCGGACUCCCAUCAAUGUCCAGGGGCGGAGGAGGUGUAUCCCGGGGGACGGCAUCCGCCAGAGGACCAGGAACCACCGGCCUGAGGAGAGACACAUGAAAAGUGGGUGAGAAACGGUAGUGAGGGGGAAGGAGCAGCCGGUAUGAUGCCUCAUUUAUCCGCCGGAGGACCUUAAACGGCCCUACAAACCGGGGGCACAGUUUCUUGCAGGGCAGGCGGAGAGGGAGGUUUUUUGUGGACAGCCAGACACGAUCCACAGGCUGGAAUACAGGGGCCUCACUGCAGUGGCGGUCGGCUUGGUCCUUCUGCCGACGAAUGGCCCUCUGGAGAUGGACGUGGGCGGCGUCCCAGACCUGUCCGGCCCUUUGGAACCACUCUUGUCGACAGCGGGCGCAUCGGUCUGGCUGGGUGUCCAAGGGGCCAGGGCCGGCUGGUACCCCAGGACGCACUGGAAGGGAGUGAGCCCCGUGGAGGAGUGAAUGAGGGAGUUCUGGGCAUAUUCUGCCCAGGGAAGAAACCUCGCCCACUCACCCUGCCGGUCCUGACAGUGGCAACGAAGAAACCUCCCCAGCUCCUGGUUCAUGUGCUCCACCUGCCCAUUCGACUGAGGCCUAUACCCGGAAGUGAGGCUGGCCGUGGCCCCGAUCUUCUCCAGGAAAGCCUUCCACACUCGGGAGGUUAAUUGGGGGCCACGAUCCGAGACGAUGUCCUCCGGAAGUCCAUAAUGACGGAAGAUCUGUUGGAACAGGACCUCAGCGACCUGGAGAGCAGAAGGAAGACCAGUUAGUGGCAAAAAACGGAAUGAUUUGGAGAACCGAUCUACGACCACCAUGACUGUGGUGAAGCCGUCAGAACGUGGAAGGUCGGUGACAAAAUCUAUGGACAGGUGUGACCAAGGUCGCUGAGGCACUGGGAGAGGAACUAGUUUGCCUGCCGGGGCGUUCCGAGGUCUCUUCGUUUGGGCACACACGGAAAAGGAGUUGACGUAGCGGGAGACAUCAGAAGCCAAGGUGGGCCACCAGUAUUUUUGGGCUAGAGAAUGCAGGGUGUGCGUAAUACCAGAGUGCCCUGCCGUAAGGGUGGUGUGUGUCCAGAUCAGCAGGCGGUCACGGACACUGGUGGGUACAUACACGCGCCCCGGAGGGGCGUUGGCAGGCGCUGGGUCCUCCUGAGCCACAAGGCGGAUGUCUUCGUCCACAUCCCAAACGACAGGAGCAACGAUGAGAGACGAGGGCAGGAUAGGACCCCCCAGAUCCUUCCUUUCUCCGGUAUGGUGCAUCCUGGAGAGUGCGUCGGCCUUCACAUUCUGGGAUCCUGGGCGGUAGGACAGAAUGAAUUGGAAGCGAGUGAGAAAUUGGGCCCACCUGGGUUGACGAGAGUUCAUCGGUUUUGCUGCCCGUAUGUGCUCCAAAUUCCAGUGGUCAGUAAGAAUCCGGAAUGGAUGGACUGCACCCUCCAGCCAGUGUCUCCAUUCCUCCAGAGCGAGGACCACCACCAACAGCUCCCUGUCCCCAACUCCAUAGUUCCUCUCUGCGGGGGUAAGCUUUUUAGAGAAAAAGGCACAGGGAUACAUUUUCUCUGGCUUACCGUGCCGCUGGGAGAGGACCGCACCCACGCCCUCCUCCGAUGCGUCCACCUCCAGGAUGAAAGGACGAGAUGGAUCUGGGUGAUUUAGGAUGGGCACUGUGGUGAACCUCUCCUUCAGCCUCUUGAAGGCAGCGUCAGCCUCAGGGUUCCAGGCCAACUUCUGAGGCCCACCCUUAAGGAGAGAGGUGAGCGGGGCGGCAAUGGAGCUGAAGGACCUGAUGAAACGCCGGUAGAAAUGAGCGAAGCCCAGGAAGCUCUGUAGGCCCUUGAUGGUGGUGGGAAAUGGCCAUGACCUGACGGCGUCCUUCUUCACUCUAUCCAUGAACACCCCCUGAGGACUGAUCCGGUAUCCCAGGAAGGAGAUGGCCUGUUGGUGCAAUUAGCAUUUCUCCCCCUUCACCAACAGGCUGUGUUCCCGGAGGCGGAGUAGGACAGCUCGGACGUCCUUGAUGUGCUCUUCGAACCUAGCCGAGUAGAUCAGGAUAUCGUCAAUGUACACCACCACCUGUCAAUCAGCAUGUCCCGGAACACGUCAUUGACGAAGGACUGGAACACAGAAGGUGCGUUGGCGAGGCCGUAGGGCAUGACGCAGUAUUCAUAGUGGCCUGAUGUAGUGCUGAAUGGCGUCUUCCACUCGUCUCCUUCCCGGAAUCGGAUCAGGUUGUAGGCAAUCCUUAGGUCCAACUUGGUAAAGUACCAGGCCCCUCGUAGCUGCUCGAUGGCCGACGGAACCAGAGGGAGGGGGUACUGGUACUUGGUGGUGACUGCGUUCAGCCCCCUGUAGUCAAUGCAUGGUCUCAGUCCUCCGUCUUUUUUGGCCACGAAGAAGAAGCUGGCGGAGGCAGGAGAGGUAGAGCGUCUGAUGAAUCCCUAUUUCAGGGUCUCCGCCACAUACAGUGGGGAAAAAAAGUAUUUAGUCAGCCACCAAUUGUGCAAGUUCACCCACUUAAAAAGAUGAGAGAGGCCUGUAAUUUUCAUCAUAGGUACACGUCAACUAUGACAGACAAAGUGAGAAAAUAAAAUCCAGAAAAUCACAUUGUAGGAUUUUUAAUGAAUUUAUUUGCAAAUUAUGGUGGAAAAUAAGUAUUUGGUCAAUAACAAAAGUUUCUCAAUACUUUGUUAUAUACCCUUUGUUGGCAAUGACACAGGUCAAACGUUUUCUGUAAGUCUUCACAAGGUUUUCACACACUGUUGCUGGUAUUUUGGCCCAUUCCUCCAUGCAGAUCUCCUCUAGAGCAGUGAUGUUUUGGGGCUGUCGCUGGGCAACACAGACUUUCAACUCCCUCCAAAGAUUUUCUAUGGGGUUGAGAUCUGGAGACUGGCUAGGCCACUCCAGGACCUUGAAAUGCUUCUUACGAAGCCACUCCUUAGUUGCCCGGGCGGUGUGUUUGGGAUCAUUGUCAUGCUGAAAGACCCAGCCACGUUUCAUCUUCAAUGCCCUCGCUGAUGGAAGGAGGUUUUCACUCAAAAUAUCACGAUACAUGGCCCCAUUCAUUCUUUCCUUUACACAGAUCAGUCGUCCUGGUCCCUUUGCAGAAAAACAGCCCCAAAGCAUGAUGUUUCCACCCCCAUGCUUCACAGUAGGUAUGGUGUUCUUUGGAUGCAACUCAGCAUUCUUUGUCCUCCAAACACGACGAGUUGAGUUUUUACCAAAAAGUUAUAUUUUGGUUUCAUCUGACCAUAUGACAUUCUCCCAAUCCUCUUCUGGAUCAUCCAAAUGCACUUCAGACGGGCCUGGACAUGUACUGGCUUAGUACCGGCGUAGUGUGUUACUGAUGGUAGGCUUUGUUACUUUGGUCCCAGCUCUCUGCAGGUCAUUCACUAGGUCCCCCCGUGUGGUUCUGGGAAUUUUGCUCACCGUUCUUGUGAUCAUUUUGACCCCACGGGGUGAGAUCUUGCGUGGAGCCCCAGAUCGAGGGAGAUUAUCAGUGGUCUUGUAUGUCUUCCAUUUCCUAAUAAAUGCUCCCACAGUUGAUUUCUUCAAACCAAGCUGCUUACCUAUUGCAGAUUCAGUCUUCCCAGCCUGGUGCAGGUCUACAAUUUUGUUUCUGGUGUCCUUUGACAGCUCUUUGGUCUUGGCCAUAGUGGAGUUUGGAGUGUGUAGACAGGUGUCUUUUAUACUGAUAACAAGUUCAAACGGGUGCCAUUAAUACAGGUAAAGAGUGGAGGACAAAGGAGCCUCUUAAAGAAGAAGUUACAGGUCUGUGAGAGCCAGAAAUCUUGCUUGUUUGUAAGUGACCAAAUACUUAUUUUCCACCAUAACUUGCAAAUAAAUUCAUAAAAAAUCCUACAAUGUGAUUUUCUGGAGAAAACAAUUCUCAAUUUGUCUGUCAUAGUUGACGUGUACCUAUGAUGAAAAUUACAUGCCUCUCUCGUCUUUUUAAGUGGGAGAACUUGCAUAAUUGGUGGCUGACUAAAUACUUUUUUCCCCCACUCUACUUCUCCAUGGCCUCAGUCUCCGCCAUGGAAAGGGGGUAAAUGCGACUCUUCGGGGGGUGUUGUCCCUCCAGCAGGUCAAUGGUGCAGUCCCAGGGCCUGUGAGGAGGGAGACACGUAGCCUUUACUGAAGAGAAGACAUCGGAGAGAUCUGCAUACUCACGUGGAAUGUUGGGCUGGAGGGCGGACUCCGGACUCUCCACUGACGUGGAACAACAAACCACCGGCAGGCAGGUCUUCCGGCAUGAGGGGGACCAGGCUGUGAUCCUCUUGGUGCUCCAAUUGAUGGUGGGGUUGUGUACUCUGAGCCAGGGCAAUCCCAAGACAAUCCGGUGAAGGGGUAACGUGACGAUGUGGAAUGACAGCUCCUCGUGGUGCUCCGGUAGUGUGGGAAUGGUGAUGGUGAUGGGGAGAGUGACGUGUGUAAUGGUGCCUGAUCCAAGGGGUUUAUUGUCCAGUGAGGUGACGUGUAGCGGAGAUGGCAGUGGAACGGUGGGCAACCCCCAUUCAGAGACCAGCUCCCUAUCUAUAAUGUUCCCCGCUGAUCAUUGCGGUAGAAAUGGAAGAGAAGGAAUAACCAGUCACCGUUAUGAGAACUAAAAACAAUGGUUUUGUGAUAGGAGCUGACGUAACACUCACGGAGAGGCGACGGGAGUCUUACCGCCUAGAUAGGGAGCCGCCAGGAGAUCUGUGGUCCGUGGUUGUGUAGGGGGUGCUGCCCACCUCCAUGGGUGAGGACUCAGAAGCAGGGCGGCUUCCAUAGCUCAGAGGGGGUGAGCGUCGAGGCUCCGGGAGGUGUUGGGAAUGCCGUCUCUCUCCCAACAUGUCGUCAAGACGGAUGGACGUGGUGAUGAGGGUAUCAAGGUCCAUCUCAUCGUCCCGACAUGCGAGUUCCGUCUUGAUGUCCUCCCAUAAGCCUCUCCUGAAGGCAGUGCGCAGAGCACGCUCAUUCCAGCCGGAAAACGCUGCCACCGUGCGAAAGCUCAGAGCGUACUCGGACGCUGGCCCCUCUCUCUCUGUUGUAGAUGGAGGAGACGCUCACCCCCGCCCUUUCCCUCCGUGGGAUGAUCAAACACCGCCCUGAACCUAGCGAGGAAGGUGGGGUAGGGAAGCGCCACUGCCUCCUCUCCUUCCCAGACUACCGUGGCCCAAUCCAGCGCCUUUCCUUUAAGAAGUGAAAUCACCAGCACUAUCCUGGCUUGGUCAGAUGGAUAUGCCCCAGGCUGACGUGCCAGAUAAAGGGAAACCUGUAGCAGGAAGCCGCUACAUUUAGUAGUUUUACCGUCAUAGCGCUCCGGUAGGGCGAGGGUUCCCGCAGGAGUGGGUGAUACCACGGGAACAGGUGGAUUGGGGGCACUCGCCACUCCCUGAGGUGGAACCGAAGCUCUGGGCAGAUUAUGCAGAGUUUGGAGCACUUCCUGCAUGGCGGCGUUCAACUGGGCAAGCUGGUGCUGGUCGAGGCACUGGGAAACUCCUGCUGCAUCCAUUUUCAUUUGGUGUGUGAUUCUGUGACUAGUGCUGAGUAUACGAAGAGGCAGUACGCAGACGCUGGAAUUAACAUGGUCAAGAUUUACUUAACAAUUGGCAAGAGAAAUAACCAAGAUAGAGUAAAUGACAUGAAGCUUAACAAUCACACACAACAUCAUCCAGAACAGUCCAGGGCUAAAUAGGAGUGGUGAUGAGAUGAUGAGGUGCAGGUGCGCUGGAGGUGAUUAGGGUGCGUUGGGUUUCCAUUCCGGUGUUGCCGAGGUGGUGCGCUCAGACCGGUGGCUCAGUAGACUGGCGAAUCAGAGCGCCGGGGAGACGUGACAUGGAGAACAUAAACUACAGAAAGUAGAGCAUUGUAUUGCUGGCAACACAGGGUCUCUGAUCACCAUGUCAGUGAACACCUGAAUUUCCAGCUGUACCUAAAUCCAGUAGGAAGACAUGAUCAGGUGAUGCACCAUAAAUGGGACUGAUUUAUACGUUGAAGUGUCAUUUGACCUACAUGCUACCAGGUGCCCCUGGAAUAUGCGUGUGUAUGUUUUAGUGUGGGUGUUUGAGUUUGAUAUCAGGUAUUGGCAUGUUAUGCAGGGUGUGACAGGGACCCAUUUCAUCUCAUUAUCUGUUUGUGUCUUGUGUUAAUAUUUUUUGUCUCGCUGUAUGUUUUGACGUAAAACAAAGCAUUGCCCAGGACAGAUCAGAUUGAACCUACUAACCCUCAUCAAAAGUGUUCCUUUUUAUGAGGGUUAGUAGGUCUUAUUGGUCUAUUAUAGGGUUAUAUCAUGUCUAUGAAGCCAUGAGUCAUGAUCCUCCAUUAGAAGAAGUGUGAUGUCAGGUUCUGCAUGUAAGCCAACAUCUCAUCUUUUAGUGUGUUUGUGUCCACUACAUGUGUUAACUUGCUGACAUCAGAGACAGAGGGUGAGGAGGCAGUAAAGGGAACUAUUUUAAAACCAGACAGAAAUACAGCCCAUGUGCGAGUCUUUCAUUGGUCACCAUGGCUAUAUUUACUCAUAGGGCCAAAACACACAUGAACCUAGAAACACCGAACAAAUCAGGAUGACCAACCAGCUAUAAUACUGAACAUAUACGGACACAUAUUACAUCUCAUGUAUGCAUGACAUGAGAUGAGAAAGCUCUCUGGUAGAUAUACUUCUGACUACAUGCAUUGUACAGUAUGUGCUAUUUAAGACUGAAUUCCUUUGCCAUUUAGAUAUAGUAUUAUUGUCCCUUGGUAAUGCUCUGAAUAAAACUACAUAACAUUCGGAAGUAUUUAAAUUCAGCAACAUUAGUUCAGCAGCAUUAGUUCCACCUGUUACAUUAUCACAGUUAGUUUUAUUUAACACAGUAUGUGCUGAUAUAUGUUUAUGUGUUAAUGCCUGUGUGGGCUGUAUGUGUGUAUGUCUUGAACAGGUGUGUCAGAGAGAGAGCGUCAGCUGAUGAAGAUGCUAAAGGAGGUGGUAGACAAACAGAGGGAUGAGAUCCGGGAUAAGGACCAUGAGCUGAACCUCAAGAACGAGGACCUGGAGGCGGUGAGGCUUGUCUCUUUCCAUCUAGUAGCAUUCCACACUCCCUGAACUACAUAAGACAUCGCUCCUAGGCCUCCUACUGUCUGUAGCCUAAUGCUCCAGCACAUAGAUGUCUCAUCUUUCACAGUUGUUCUCAUGCCUGAGGAGGACACCAACUUCCACAAACAAUCUGGACACUCAGAGUUUCCAUCAGUUCAUUACAGACAAAUGAGUAGGAUUAAAUGGACUCCUUCCUCCCCUUAUAGAUUCAGCUGCAGCAGCACCGUCUGAUGAAGAUCAACCUGGACCUGCGGCACAGGAUCAGUGUGGUAGAGGCUCAGGGCAAGGCAGUGAUCCAGCAGAAGGCUGAGCUGGAGGCUGUGUCCCAGGCGCGACAGCAGGAGCUGGGGGCCCUGCAGCAGGAGGUGGCAAGGCUGAAGGAGGAGCGCCAAGAGUGGGAGCUGGACAUAAAGAGGUCAACCGAGGAGGAACCGUCACCCUCAAAGGCUGUGAUGACAGUGCUUACACCAGCGUCGGCUAAGGUAACCACAGUUACAACCCCCUACCUGAUCAAGUCCAUUACAUUUCUCUUUAAGACACCAUUACAUAUCUGUACGCUUUACCUUAUAGAGUUAAGAAGAUUAUAGAGUUAAGAAGAUUAUACCCAAAUUACAGGGGUUUAAGUUCCCUAUUGACAAGAACAAAAUAACAUUACAUCCACCCAAGGAGGGUGAGUCAUUCUUGUAGAUUAGCUAUUGAGUAUCAUUGCCACUGCUCACAAAGCCUUUCAUAGCACUGAAAGUGACCAUGCUAUUUCCCAAAUCCAGUCAUUGGUACCAGCAUCAGCAGCCUCCAUCGUACACAAUUCUUUUUGGGCGGAAUGCAGAGGUGACCAUGAAUUCCUGGCACAGUGCUUUGAGUCAGCAGAGAGCCCUCCUGUCCUCCGGCUGUAUGACGAGGAGCAUGAGGAGGAACCUGAUGCCCUGGACCAGAAGGAGUCCGACAGGCCCCACUUUACCCUUGAGGAGCUACAGGACGUCCUGCAGGAGAGGAACGAACUCAAAGCCCAAGUGUUCAUGCUGCGAGAGGAGCUCAUCUAUUACAAAAGGUUACAUGAUGUGAAAAAACGAAGUGAAUAAAAAAAAAAGAUUCACCUAGAGUUGAGGGACAAGGGACUAUCAUCACUUUUUAAUACCCCUGUCUCUUCAACUGCAUCUUAUGUUAUUACGAUACUGAACAAAAAUAUAAACGCAACAUGCAACAAUUUCAAAGAUUUUACUGAGUUACGGUUCAUAUAAGGAAAUCAGUCAAUUGAAAUAAAUUCGUUAGGCCCUAAUCUAUGGAUUUCACAUGACUGGGAAUACAGAUAUGAAUCUGUUGGUCACAGAUACCUUUAAAAAAUAAAGUAGGGGCGUGGAUCAGAAAACCAGUCAGUAUCAUGCAGCGUGACACAUCUCCUUCGCAUAGUUUUGAUCAGGCUGUUGAUUGUGGCCUGUGGAAUGCUGGAUAUUGGCCAGAUCUGGAACAUGCCAUCGUACACGUCGAUCCAGAGCAUCCCAAACAUGCUCAACGGGUGACACAUCUGUGACUAUGCAGGCCAUGGAAGAACUGGGACAUUUUCAGCUUCCAGGAAUUGUGUACAGAUCCUUGCGACAUGGGGCCGUGCAUUGUCAUGCUGAAACAUGAGGUGAUGGCGGCGGAUGAAUGGCACGACAAUGGGCCUCAGGAUCUCGUCACGGUAUCUCUGUACAUUGAAAUUGCCAUCAAUAAAAUGCAAUUGUGUUCGUUGUCCGUAGUUUAUGCCUGCCUGCCCAUACCAUAACCCCCCCGCCACCAUGGGGCACUCUGUUCACAACUUUGACAUCAGCAAACUGCUCGCCCACACGACGCCAUACACGUGAUCUGCGGUUGUGAGGCUGGUUGGACGUACUGCCAAAUUCUCUAAAACGACAUUGGAGUUGGCUUAUGGUAGAUAAAUGAACAUUAAAUUCUCUGGCAACAGCUCUGGUGGACAUUCCUGCAGUCAGCAUGCCAAUUGCACGAUCCCUCAACUUGAGACAUCUGUGGCAUUGUUGUGUGACAAAACUGCACAUUUUAGAGUGGCCUUUUAUUGUCCCAGCACAAGUUGCAGCUUCUUGAUAUGCCACACCUGUCAGGGGGAUGGAUUAUCUUGGUAAAGGAUACAUGCUCACUAACCGGGAUGUAAACACAUUUGUGCACAAAAUGUAAGAGAAAAAAGCUUAUUGUGCAUAUGGAACAUUUCUGGGAUCUUUUAUUUCAGCUCAUGAAACAUGGGACCAACACUUUACAUGUCGCGUUUAUAUUUUUGUUCAGUGUACAUUUACUAAUGAUGUAGUAUUCCACUUUCUCCUUUUCAUUUUUUGUAUUUAGUUCAUAAUACAGACAAACACUUGAUAGCCCCAUCUUGAUGACUUCACUAAGUCCACAGUCUUUUAAUGAAUCCCUUCUCCCUGCCUCAGUGAGGAGUUGGAGAAUGAGAUUUACGGCAUCAACUUGGAUCCACCACUUCAGUCACAGCCUGCAACCGCUGAACAGCCUGACUCAGGGAUCAAACGUCUGUAAGUACUGAGACCCACUACACCUACACCAUAAUACCCCACUCUAUCUCUCUUGAUGGUAUAUGCUCAGGCCACACACAUAUAGGUGCUCAGCGUAUCAUUCCCACAAUCUCUAACAUUUUCAAACAAGGUUGUCACUAACCACGUUUCCAUCCACAGUUUUUAUGCAAGUAAAGUCAUCACGACAGCUGUGAUGGAAGUUUCAGUAAUAAAUAAAAAAAUGCUGACCGAUAAUUUGUUCGUUCGACGUGGUGGGAUCUUUUUGUGUCAAUAAAAUUAAUAAUGCGAGAAAUGCCGGUGGAAAUGCCUUUAUGCGUAAAUAUCGAUAUAAUAACCAUCGUAUCAAAGUACUCCUGAGUGGCGCAGUGGUCUAAGGCACUGCAUCGCAGUGCUAACUGUGCCACUAGAGAUCCUGGUUCGAAUCCAGGCUCUGUCGCAGCCGGCCGCGACCGGGAGACUCAUGGGCGGUGCACAAUUGGCCCAGCGUCGUCCAGGGUAGGGGAGGGAAUGGCCGGCAGGGAUGUAGCUCAGUUGAUAGAGCAUGGCGUUUGCAACGCCAGGGUUGUGGGUUCGUGUCCCACGGGGGGCCAGUAUAAAAACAAAAACAAAAAAAAUACAAAUAAAAAAAAUAUGUAUUCACUAACUGUAAGUCGCUCUGGAUAAGAGCGUCUGCUAAAUGACUAAAAUGUAAAUGUAAAGUAAACUUGGAGUCAUGAGAUGAUAUGGCGUGUGGUCCUCCCACUACGACUCGGGAAACAAUGCAGUUUAUUAGGAUACAGAUGAAAUAAGUUAUUUUGAACUUCACAGGGUGGUGAAAGUGCAAGGGGAUCUUGAUGCUCCAUUUCAGUAAAUAUCGAGGGUCUUAAUCUGGUGACAUGAUGAUUGAUGCUUGACUGCCGUUUUACAAUUUUUUGUAUUUUUAUUUAACCUUUAUUUUGACAGGGAAAACAUAUUGAGACCUAGGUCUCUUUUCCAAAUGCGCCCUGUAUAAUACAAUAUAAAAUACACAUUAAACGAAAAAUAUAUACACUACAUGACCAAAAGCACCAAACUUUACAGUUGGCACUAUGCAUUGGGGCAGGUAGUGUUCUCCUGGCAUCGUGAAGAGUGACUCAUCACUCCAGAGAACGCGUUUCCACUGCUCCAGAGUCCAAUGGUGUUGAGCUUUACACUAUUCUAGCCAACGCUUGGCAUUGCGCAUGGUGUUCUUAGGCUUGUGUGCGGCUGCUCGGCCAUGGAAACCCAUUUCAUGAAGCUCCUGACGAACAGUUAUAUUGCUGACGUUGCAUCCAGAGGCAGUUUGGAACUCGGUAGUGAGUGUUGCAACCGAGGACAGACAAUUUUUACGUGCUACGGGCUUCAGCACUUGGCGAUCCCGUUCUGUGAGCUUGUGUGGCUUACCACUUCAUGGCUGAGCCGUUGUUGAUCCUAGACGUUUCCACUUCACAAUAACAGCACUUACAGUUGACCGGGACAGCUCUAGCAGGGCAGAAGUUUGACGAACUGACUUGUUGGAAAGGUGACAACCUAUGACGGUGCCACGUUGAAGGUCACUGAGCUCUUCAGUACGGGCCAUUCUACUGCCAAUGUUUGUCUAUGGAGAUUGCAUGGCUGUAUGCUCGAUUUUAUACACCUGUCAGCAACGGGUGUGGCUGAAAUAGCUGAAUCCACUAAUUUGAAGUGGUGUCCACAUACUUUUGUAUAUAUAGUGUAUAUACACUACCGGUCAAAAGUUUUAGAACACCUACUCAUUCAAGGGUUUUUCUUUAUUUUUACUAUUUUCUACAUUGUAGAAUAAUAGUGAAGACAUCAAAACUAUGAAAUAACACAUAUGGAAUCAUGUAGUAACCAAAAAAGUGUUAAACAAAUCAAAAUAUAUUUUAUAUUUGAGAUUCUUCAAAUAGCCACCCUUUGCCUUGAUGACACCUUUGCACACUCUUGGCAUAUUCAGAGGUGUAGGGAGGGUGAAGUCUGUGAAUCCAAAAAAUAGGAAUUAUCAAAGUAAACUUGGAGUCACGCAAUGACAUGUUGUGUGGUCCUCCCACUACGAGCAUGCAGUUUAUUAGGAUAUAGAUGAGUUAUUGAAUUAAGUUAUGUACUUCACAGGGUGGUGAAAGUGCAAGGUGAUGCGUUUGAUGCUCCUUUCCAAAAAAUAUCGAGGGUCUUAUUCUGGUGACAUGAUCAUCGAUGCUUGGCUGCCGUUUGACAAAUAAAAAUAAUCUAUUUUGUCCAUGUUAAUCUCAUAACGUAGGGUAUACCAGCACUGUAUCUGCCAGCUGUUGGCUAGAGCGCACGUGCCAAUACCAGAGUACGUACACUCGCUAGUCUAAAAAGAAAAGGUUCCUGGAGUAUCCUUUAAUGGAUCCUCAAAGAACCUUUUGGGAUUAAUUUUUAACUACCCCUCCCCUAUUAUUAUUAUUAAUAAUAAUAAUAAUACGCAUAACAAUAACAACAAAAACACAAUAUUUUAGUUCUUAGUGUUUAUUAUGAUUUUAGUGGCAAAGCAAAAUUAAAAAAUCAAAAUAUGAGGUAAACUCCCAGCAGAGCUCCAAGUCCAAUUGGUAUAUCCUCUGGCGUGUUGAUGUUAAUGUGUUGAUGUUCUCCGUAUCCAUAGCAAGAAUGAUUUUGCAGUGCAUGGUGAUCGAACAGGUUUCCUGUUAUACUCAUCAGAGGUGUAGGGAGGGUGAAGUCUGUGAAUCCAAAAAAUAGGAAUUAUACAGAUGAUUAACAAACCAUGCUCACAACAGUAUUCAUACCUUGGUUUUUAUGGUAAAUGUAAAUGAAAAAAACUGUUUUGAUAAUCGUUUUCAUACACAUACCUUGUCCAUAAUGUAGAGGCCUAUGGGAUAUUCAUUGAAGAGGUAAGGGAGGAGGAUGGUAAAUGUGAUCGGCCUAACAUACCAAUACCAAUUGACAUACCUUUGCAUGGCUCCUCGUCUGUAUACCUGCAGACACAAAAGUGUGCAGUUCAGUCAUCUGCACCCAAUACAGCUAGUCUUCAACAUAUUAUUUUAGCCUACAUUUUCUUACCUCUUUGUUGAUUGAUAUCCAUUGAAUUGUGUCCAUUUUCUGUUUUAGAAAGAUUUGCACAAAUAGAUGGUAUCAUCAUAAAACAAUAUCAAUAUAGAUCAUACAAGGGACAAACAUUACCUUAAAUUGAGGAGAUCUUUACAUUUUUCAGUUAACUGCCUGCACCUGCUGUCCUUUCAAAUCCAAAUGUUUCACUUGGGCAGUUAGGUUCCUGCAAGAACCCUCACCAACUGAGGAGGUUCCUCAAUGAACCCCACCUCCUAUGGGGUUCUUGGAAUAACCUUUUGGGGGCCAUUUUCAGUGCCAAGAACACUAAGGUUCUUCGAGGAUCUUAGAAGAACCCUUGUUGAACCCCUAAUUUUUAGAGUGUAUAUAACGCUUUUCUUUUUUUUGAGAAAACCAUCAGCGUUGAAAAUGCGAUGGAAACCCAUUUAACUUUAAUUUUUUUAAUAAACGCAAAAGGUAUUUUUAUGUGCACUACGUCAUCAUGCACAGACUUGUAUCACCAACAAGUCAAUUUGAUGGAAAUACAUCUCUGGUGGGAAAAUGUGCAUAUUGUUUUUACGCAGAUUUUAGAAUAUUCGCAUGAAAAUCUGUCGCCAAUUGGGUGGAAACCUAACUAAUGUCAUACUUCCUGUCAUAGUGGUUCAGGUUUGCAGUCAGGGAUUUGAUCUAGCUUUAUAUCUGUAUGUCACUGACCAAUAUGCUUGCGUGAGCACAAAAAAAAAUAAUGACAAUUUAGUUUACACAAUGCUUGUUUGGGAAUGUUAUAUUUGUGGAAGGACCUAUAACAGGACGAAGGGAUGAAGUUUCAAACUCGGACUAGUCAUUUCACUUAUGUCUCUUUGUCUGUACUUCUUUGGACAGGAUAUUCACUGCAGUAAUGCCGAUGGUAGCAGCAGGGUUGAUUGCAGACGAUCCAACGUUACAGCCGAUCAGACGACUUAUGUCCUUUGUAUGAACUUUUACAUUUAUUUUAUCUCUUUUUGUGAUGUCAUUGUUCUUGAGCCAAGCACCUCCACUGUGCCAAAGCCCCUCCUCCGCCUGUCAUCUCAAAUGCAAUGCUUCCUUGUGAUCAUGAUGUGUGAGUAGAAUGUGGGAGUAUUCUUAUUGGCUGAUAAUGUGUAGAUCUUGAACCAGCUCAUCAUAAUAGAUGCCACGAUCAUUACAAUGGUCACCUCUUUUGCCAAAAUACUAAGUAGAAGGCCACAAAUCCACAUAUGCAUGUUGUCUGAGCUAGGAUUGUCUCAUAGCAGGAUAGUCACUGUUGACAGCUCUUAAUUUGUUGAAUAAAGUGGAGUGACUAACUAUGUAACCCACUGACAGGGCAAAGCUUAUGCACCCCCCAACCUUUUGUUUAGCACUUUUCCUCAUGCAAGCACUCAUUCUGCUUUUGUUCAAUGUUAUCACUCACACUUCAUGAAUAAUCUUAAGUGUAACCAAUGUAUUGCUAUUGAUCUUAGCAGUAGUCAAAUCAAAUGUUAUUUGUCACAUACACGUGUUUAGCAGAUGUUAUAGCGGGUGUAGCGAAAUGCUUGUGCUUCUAGCUCCAACAGUGCAGUAAUAUCUAACAAUUUCACAACAUAUACCUAAUACACACAAAACUUGUAAGGAAUGGAAUUUAAGAAAAUAUACAUAUAUAUGGACAAGCAAUGACAGAGCGGCAUGGACUAAGAUACAGUAAAAUAUUAUAGAAUAGAAUGCAGUAUACAUAUGAGAUAGGAUAGGAUAGAAGUAAUCCUUCUACCCCCCUUACCCCACCCCAAAGAAAGAAAAAAAUUAAAGAAAAAAAAAACAUAUUGUAAAGUGGUUAUCCCACUGGCUAUAAGGUGAAUGCACCAAUUUGUAAGUCGCUCUGGAUAAGAGCGUCUGCUAAAUGACGUAAAUGUAAAUAUUAUUAAAGUGAGUGUUGUCAUGGCUAGGUAUUUUUUUUUGGCAGGGUGUAACCUAAAUUCUUAAUUUCUCUCAUUGCACCUAUCCAGGUUUAGCAUCUUCUCCGGAGAAAAGAGGCGACCUGAGGAAGUGCCGGAUUUGUGGGAGAGAGAUUAUUUGCACACAGAGCAGGCUCAGGAGGCACUGAAGCAUCCAUAACCAGUGACCUACACAGAGUGCACCAAACAUUAGGAACACCUGCUCUUUCCAUGACAUAGACUGAUCAGGUGAAUCCAGUUGAAAGCUAUGAUCCCUUAUUGAUGUCACCUGUUAAAUCCACUUCAAUCAGUGUAGAUGAGGAGACAGGUUACAGAAGGAUUUUUAAGCCUUGAGACAAUUGAGACAUGGAUUGUGUAUGUGUGCCAUUCAGAGGGUGAAUUGGCAAAACAAAAUAUUUAAGUGCCUUUGAACGGGGUAUGAUCGUAGGUGCCAGGCGCAUCGGUUUGUGUGUGUCAAGAACUGCAACGCUGCUGGGUUUUUCCACACUCAACAGUUUCCUGUGUGUAUCAAGAAUGGUCCACCAACCAAAGAACAUCCAUCCAGCCAACUUGACACAACUGUGGGAAGCAUUGGAGUCAACAUGGGCCAGCAUCCCUGUGGAACGCUUGACACCCUGUAGUCCAUGCCCUGACGAAUUGAGGCUGUUCUGAGGGCAAUAAGGGGGUGCAACUCAAUAUUAGGAAGGUGUUCCUAAUGUUUUGUACACUCAAUGUAUAAUAUCCCAUGCUGGUGGUCUCCAAGUAAAAACAGCACAGGACUGGGCUUCUGGUCAGUACACCCACAAUUGCCAUGCGAACAGCCCAGGACAACAAGUUACCACCAGAGGGUGUAGGGGAGCGCCAGAGGGAGAAUUAUUGGAGCACUGGUUGAAUACAGUACCACAAAUAUGUGCUCAGGCUUGGAGUCAGAUGAUUUAUAUUUAAGGCGUAGUUUUCCAGCAGAGCUUGGUGUUUUGAGGCCUAGAGUGACAGUUCCUCCAGGCAGAAGUGAGUAAGAUGAACCUAAGAAGAGGGAAGGAAGAAAGUCAUGAAGAGCCUCAUGCCAAGAGGGAUUGUCAGGACAAAGUUGUCUCUUGUGGGGACAAUGGAGAGAUGGAUUCUGGAAAGAGUAAUGUGCAAUCAGAGAUAUCCUGUGCCUUUUGA